AUGGGAGACAUGGCCAACAGCUCCGUGGAUUUCUACCCCAAAAGCCAACGGCGAGAGUUGAACCAUGCGGGCGGCUUUGGCUGCACCCUGGCGGAGUUGCGCUCCCUCAUGGAGCUGCGUGGGGCCGAGGCAAUCCAGAAAGUCCAGGAGACCUACACCGAUGUCAAUGGGCUCUGCAGGAGACUCAAGACCUCCCCCACUGAAGGUACCAGGCUUUGGGUAGGGCUGGGUGGGCAGAAUAGGCAGGCAGUCCCCACAGUCUCCCAUGCAUAAGAACAGAAGGAGAGAGUCUGCUGGCUCAGGGAAUCAAAUCCAGGAUCCUGUUCUCAGUGGCCAACCAGAUUCGUGCGGGGAUCUGGCAAGCAGGACCCAAGCGCAAGAGCCCUGACCCUUUCUGUGGUUUCCAGGAACUGGUAUUCAGAAGCAUUACUGUUGUUCUUGUUGUUUAGUCGUUUAGUCGUGUCCGACUCUUCGUGACCCCCUGGACCAGAGCACGCCAGGCACUUCUGUCUUCCACUGCCUCCCGCAGUUUGGUCAAUCUCAUGCUGGUAGCUUCAAGAACACUGUCCAACCAUCUCGCCCUCUGUCAUCCCCUUCUCCUUGUGCCCUCCAUCUUUCCCAACAUCAGGGUCUUUUCCAGGGAGUCUUCUCUUCUCAUGAGGUGGCCAAAGUCUUGGAGCCUCAGCUUCAGGAUCUGUCCUUCCAGUGAGCACUCAGGGCUGAUUUCCUUCAGAAUGGAUAGGUAUGAUCUUCUUGCAGUCCAUGGGACUCUCAAGAGUCUCCUCCAGCACCAGAAUUCAAAAGCAUCAAUUCUUCGGCGAUCAGCCUUCUUUAUGGUCCAGCUCUCACUUCCAUACAUCACUACUGGGAAAACCAUAGCUUUAACUAUAUGGACCUUUGUCGGCAAGGUGAUGUCUCUGCUUCUUCUUUUUUACUACCUCUGACAUUUAUGACAUUUGUUCACACAACCCUUACACACCAGUCCAAAGCCACAGCUACAGUGAGAGCUUGAAAACUUCUGGCCAGAUUCGGAAUGUUUCAGCAGGCUACUUCCUUGAAUUUGGGGCUUUGUAGUUUUGUUUUAUUUAUUGCUUUUAGCCCUUUUAUUUAGGCUGCACACACCCCAUGCCUUUAAAGUGCAUUUAAAGUGCAUGAUUUCUCCCAAUCCUGGGAAUUGUAGUUUGUGAAGGGUGAUGGGGGGUUGCAGGGAUAAACUACAGUUAUUGGACUACCCACAUUUAGCUUUCUUUGCUUUCUUUGACUCAUGCAGUUUAAACUUAAACCCCAGAUCGCAAAAUGUCUGUUCUCUUACUUGUUAAGAAACCUGUAUCUCUCCACCCGAAUUGCCCCCAAUCUGUAGCGCUGGGGAUACAACCUCAGAGCCUCCAGAUUGUCCUGCUCUGUGAGAACAGGACCCAGGAGCACUGGCUCUUAAACUUGCCAAUUUUUGAGACUGCCGGCUUUUUAACAUGCUUCUGCUUCUGACCCUUUAGUGGCAGCUCUGCAGCAAACAAGCAAGUGAUAAUAUUUGCCUCCAGUGUCUUUUUAAAACUCCACUUGCUGAUUUCUCAUUAUCAUACUUUCAUUAGAGGAAUGGAACAGUCCAGUCUGUCCCAUCUCAACCUAAUUUUACAUGUUUUGAAAUGUGUUAAAUGUGCUUUUAUUUUAUUUUUGAUCCUUUUAUGUUUGCCACUCUGGGCUCCUUUGGGUGGAAGAGAAGGAUAUAAAUUUAAUUAAUUUAUUAAUAACAAUGGUGUUGUUGUUGUUGUUGAUGAUGAUGAUACUUUUUAUUAUCACCAGCAAAUCUUAUUUUUAUCCCAGAAUUAAUAGGAGCCAAUGAUCCUGGCUCCUAGAGUGCCAUAGUCCAAAGGUGGGGGAUGUUGGAUGUUGUUGGAAUGCAACUCCCUGUCCUCCUGGCAUUUGUCCCUGCUGGCUGGGGCUGGUGGGACUUGGAAUCCCCAAAACAGGAAGGAUUAAACUAUGCUAUGUGCAUGGAAUGAGGUUCACUUGCACCUUGGAGUGCAAAAAGCAUGCAUGGCGUGGGGAAGUGGAUUGAGAGAAGUUUUUUCUCCAUCUCUCACAGUACUAGAUCCCCGGGUCACCCAAUGAAGCUGAACUAUGAGAAGUUUAGAGCAGGCAAAGAGGACUUCUCCACCAUAGUUAAAACAAUGAAAUGUUCUGAGAUGUGGUGAUGGCCAGCGGUUCCGCUUUGAAAUGAAAUUAGACCGAUACUUGGAAGACAAGGCCCUCUAUGGUUCUUUGCCAUGAUGGCUUUAUAUUACCGCAGGGGCAGUCUGCCUCAUGAAUACCAGCAGCAGGAGAAGGCUAUUGGCCUCGUGUGCCUGAGCUUCCCAUAGACAUGCAGUUGGCUCCUUUGGUCUGAUCCCUCUUCUUAUCAUGCUGAGAUGCAGCUACUUCUCAGUUGUGGAACAAGACCAGCUGUUUAUUACAGUUUGUUUUAGUCUUAGACUGACAGGCAUAUCUUCAUGGCAAUUUCUAGGUUUAAGUAUAGUGAAUCACUUUGGCAUGAUUAUUACUAUUAUUGUUAUUGUUAUUUAUAAUCUAACUGAUGUUCAUCUGUUUAGUCAAUUCUGCUGCUGCGUUUGCGAUUCAGAAGCAAAAUUGGCUGAUGGAUUGCUGGAGGCAUAAACGCUGAAAAUUGAUUCGUGUUUUGCAGACUUCCAAUUCAGACUUUGGAAGUGUUGUUUCCUUCAGAGAUAAUAGGGUCAGGGCCAAGGUACUGCUAAAAAGCAAGCAUUAGUCAUCCUCUGCAAACGCUUGGAAAUAAGUCCAGUUGAACGCAAUCCGAGGUUUGGUCUAUGGGCACAAGAAUGAGGUGAGGAUGAAUCAGCUGAGCCAUGAAAACAACGCAGCAUAGAAAGUUGUCUUACUCUGAGUCAGACCAUUGGUCCACCUUGCUCAGUAUCAACCAGUCCUACCUGGAGAUGUCAGGGACUGAACCUGGGACCUUCUGCAUGCUAAGCUACGACCCGUCCCCAGGCAGCAGAAUGGUCAGUACCCCCUUUAGCUUUUGAGCAGAUGAGACAUUCUUCCUAGUAAAUGUGUUUAGGAUGUGUUAAGGGAGUGAAGGCAAAGGCUGAGCAAAGCUUGUGAGGUUUCACUCCCAGUAUAAAUGGAUAGAAGUGGAGCUGUGCCACCUUUAGCUUCCAGCUUCUGCUUCCCUUGACACAGCAAGGGAACUGGGCUGGUUGGCCAUCAAAGGUUAAUACAGACAGGCGCUAAUAGCCAACUGGGUUUGAUUUGGUAGUCCAUGAAAAGAAGGAAGCACACCCCUCCUGCGGGCAGCUUGACCCAAAGCUUGCUAUCCUUCUUUGAUGGUUGCAUAAACCAGUGUCUUUGCCUAGGCCACGGUUCAUCAAAGGGAGAAAGUGAGCUCUGCCUUUCCUUUUUGAUCCUCUCUGCCAUUCAGCAUUGACAUUUAAAAGCUCUGGUGUCAGAAAUGGAUCCCCUCCUGCUUCAUCAUCUGUUCAGUUCUGACUUCGUGGCAAGGGAAGAGAGAAGGGGCAGAGUAUCUGUUGUGCAUGCAGAAGGCCCCAGGGGAAACCCCUGCCAGAAACUCUUGAGAGCUGCUGCCAGCCAGUGUAGACAAUACUGACUAGGUGGACCAACGGCCUGACUCCAUAUAAAAUGGAAUUCUAUGUUCCUAAGACUUGACAGUAAGUUUAUGGUGAGAAAGUGGAAAAGAAACUUCACUCACAGAGCUUCACUCACAGUAAAACCAUGGCACUCAAAGAACUAGCCAGGGUUCCCUGAGGAUAGUGCGGACACUGAUUCCUCCCUGAUCCCAUCUCAUCCAGUUGUUUUGCAACAAGUUUUCAGACCCAUGUUCAAACUUCCCCUCUCCUUACCACUCUGACUUACAGGGGCAACCAUGUGGGCCGGUCAGUGGGUGUGGUUCCAGAGGCAGAAGGGAUGAUUUAGCUCUUAUACCUGAGGACCCCCACAUUGCUUUCCCCUCCUACCCCACCUUGGCACUGCAAUCUCUGCCGUGAUUCCAAAUACUGUCUCCCAUAUAUAAAGGAACUAUACCUCCAGUUACCAGAUGUUGGGGGGAAACAACAAAGAAUUGCCCCUAACUGUCUUGUUCCUUUGUGAGUUUUCCGGAGCAGUGUUCAAAUGGGGGGGAGGGAGAGAAAGGGAAAACAAAGGCCAGUGCCCUACCUUUUCAGACAGCCACUUGGCUCCUGUCUGAGAAGAUUAAGGGGCAUGAUUUGGCUAACAAUGGGGGGAAAUAAUUCACAAUUUCAUUAAAAGCCCCCUUUCUCCCCACUACAACCCAUUUGAACACUCUCCAAGAUGCACCCAGUUGCUGGAUAGAGCACUAGACUAGAUGGACUCAACAUAGGCAGCUCUAACACUAUUAGGACCUUUGGCAUUUGUGACUCAUUCACUGGCUAUUUCUGUCUGGGUUGAAGAUUUUCAUAAAACCCGGGUCACUGAAAGGUGGAAGAAGAGAAUAGUCAGAGGAGACAUGUCCCAGCUGCACUGUUAAAGCUAAGUGGGUGGGGUCGUGACUUAAAUCACUCUGAGCAGAUGUAAGUAAGAUAGCAGGUGAGUGAAUGGGUAGGUUAGUGUAUGUCUGAAUUAACAGCUAUGUAUGAAUGCGUGUGUGUAAGGGUGGGUGUGGAUGUGUGCUUAAUCUGCCUGUUGGUCUGUCCCUCAGCACAGUGAAGGGUGUGAAAAGAAAGAGUGCCUCAGAACACAUGCAGAAUAUAUUUCAUUUAGCAGCUAGUGAGUGACCAAAGACAGCCCUCACACCUCUGGGUUUAGGGGCAGGAUAUCCAGUCUAUCGAAGGCAUUUCUCUGAGGUGUGGGGGUGGUUUGUUUUUAAAGACCUGCCCCUGACCAUGGUUAAUGGCCAGCAUCUGCUAUAGGUUCAAAUCUUGGCAUGCCCAUGUUCGCAUCCCUCUUCCCUUUGUCUGUGUGUGGGGAGGCAGUGGGGGCUUGCUCUGCUCAGGCGGUCCCCUCUUAGCCCCCUGUAAAGCUCCUUCCUCUGAGGGCAAUGGUGCCUGGCGAGGAGACCUUCAGAAACUGCCAGAAGAUUCAUGGCAGACUGGUCCAGCCGCCUGCCUGCCUCUCUCCCUUUGCCGGUUUCCCCUUGAAUUGUCCUUGAGGUUGCGGCAGCAGCAGCAGCAGCCGGUACUGUCUCUCUGCUGCAGGGAGCUAAAGGCUUCUUUCCCCAUCACACAGAGAGGAGAAGGGAAGGAGAAAUCAGGCAAAUGAGGAGGGCAGCAGGUGCCUGCAACUGAGGAGGAGCAGGGGAGGGAGCGGGAGCUGUCUGAGCAAGGCUUUGGGGAGGAGGAAGUGGGGAGAGAAACAGGGAGCAUUCCAAAUGCAAUGGUUGCUGGCAGGUUGUCUGCAUGAGGGGAUGCAAAGGAAGGCUCCAGGGCUCCUGUACUUUUACUUCAUGGGUCCAGAUUUGGAUGGUGUCACUUCCCCCCCCCCUCCAUCCCAUGCAGCAAGCCACACCUGCUGAUAGUUCCUCUUCCAUCCAUCCAUCACUGAUAACAGGAGUCCUAUCUUUAGGCACUUCCAGCCUGUCACUAUUUCGGGGUGGGAUUCAAUCACACACUGGCAAAUUCAGGACUUCUCCACACUUACAUUUCCUCCGCGCUCUCCAGCAGAAAACCCAAACUGCCAUUUGUUGUGUGUCAGCUUUGAAAAGCAGGUUUUCACAGGGAAAGGAAAAAAAAAAAAGGUGCUCAGACAUGGAGCUUUAAAGCUGUGCCUGGAAAGAGCAAGGAUAAAGGGGAGUAUGGAUAAGCCCCCACGAUGUGCAUUUGCAGCUGAUUGGGGAAACUUGCUCAGUAAACCCAAUUCUGCAAAAAAUAUCAGGCUUCCUGCAUGAGGAAAGUGGUGGGAAAAUGCACUGGGAAGUGUGGGACAACACUUGCCUUGAUGCAUCUGUCUUCCUGCCUCCCCACAAACCAAUCAGAAUGAACAGUCAGUAAACAGUCAGCACCAUCUAAUCUCCCUGCAGACAAAUCAGGCUGAACACUCAACAAGCAGGUCUUCUAGAAGUGAACCCCCCCCCCCCCCCGCCUCUGGCCACUGCACUGUUUUUCUGACCAAAAUCCACACACACCCAGGCUGCUAUUUCCCCAAGAGGAAAAAAUAGGAGGUAGAAGUGCAGCUCGGGGAGGGGGGGAUAUUGGUCAGGAAAAUGGCCUGAGGGGAAAGGGUUAAACAUACACACAUACACACACACACACACACACACACACAGUUCUUUCCCUCCUUCCCCAAACUGCUUCUCCAGUCAAAGUCACUUGCCCACCCCUUGAGGCUGGAUUUCAGGGAACAAGCAAGGGUCCAGUUCAGGGAACUGUUUGUGGGCAUUGCAUGUCACCUCUGAUCGGUGUUUUUAUAAACGAGGCUUCAGUCUCAUUUAUAAGAGGUGCUAUACCGUCCUACAUCACAGGGUGCUAGUUUAAGAAUUCCUGAUAAUAAUGUGUGUACAGUGCUUUGGAAACUUUGCAUGUUGUAAAUCGAAGUAGUGUGUGCACACACAAAAUCCUCCAGAUUAAACAGAACAACAAAGUCAAAAGAGACCCAAAGGCCAAGUGGUUAAGUGUCACCCCAGCUCAGCCACUCUGUGUUAGAGGCCUCACUGCCAGGACCAGCUCCGGACAUUUUGCUGCAAACGCAACCCAAGUCAAAGUGCCUUGUACCUAGGCUGGUUGAUUGCUGUUGGCAGCUAAGGCACAACAUCUUACGAGCUCCUCUCCCUGGGAGCAAAAAACAAAUAAUAAUAAAUUUAAAAGUCACAUGGUGCUGUCUUGCUGUGGCUUUCAAAAUCAGCUGUGUGAGAUAGUUUCCUCACUCUGCCUAAUAGUAGGGCCAGCCCUGUUCACGGCCACAAGUGGAAUAUAAUAUUUGCUGAAGGUAGAAUUGCUCUAAGCAUCAAGUGUGACUGAAAAAAGUCAUCCUUUUUCACCAGGGGGAAGUCCCCAUCCCGUACUUGGAGUUUCUCAAUGUGUGAGAGGGAGCAAACAAUUUGAUUGGAGGGAGUGAUGGUGAUUCAGAUCUGCCUGCAGCACUACAAAAUCCAAGUUGAAUGUUCAGGGGGAGAGAAGCAAUAGCAUCAGAGACAGGAAAAUGUCAGUAGAUCCCUUCUUGGCCUCAAACUUCUCAGGCAUCUGUGCCAUCUUGUCCAUCAAACAGCAACUCUCUCCUUGACUCUCUUUAUUACAAUCACCCCCAAAAUACUUUGGGCACAGUUCCCCUGCACGCUUACCCAAACAAGUCACGCUGUGUUCAGGAGAGCUUACACCUUAGCAAAUGCAUUUAGAAUUGCAGCUUUAUUAUGUAGCACCAUCAAGGUCUAUGGCAUUUUGUUUUCUAAUCUAAGGAGAAAAGACUGGCCCUUGUUUUCCACCUGUGGGCAGAGGGUCACUUCUGGACAACCUGUUUAUUAAGUGUUCAUCUUGAUAUGUUUGCACAAAGUUUGUGGAGAGGUUACAUGACGGCCGCUUCCUGACUGUCACUAUAUUUUGAUGGGAUUCAGCCACAAAGCAGCAAAUUCUGGCACGGCUGGGAAGCCUCUCACAAGCCCACAUUCUCCAAAGGUUGAAAAAUGCACUGGAACGCAACAGCAUCUAAUAUCCCUACAAACAAACAAACAAACAAACAAGCAAGCAUAUUAAAUAGCCAAUGUUGUCUAAUCUCCCUGCCAACAAAUCAGGAUGGAUUGCUCAGUAACUAGGUUGUCUGGAAGCUCCUGGUGUUGGCUGUUUAUUCAGCUUUCAUUCUGAUUUGUUUGAGAUGGGGGGGGGAGAGAUGCAGGUUUAACCCUUUCCCCAGAGGAGCAGUGGGAGGCACCAGUCGGGAGGAGUCCCCAGAGUCAGAGGAUUGGUGGUGGGAUGACAAUGAGUGGUCAGAGCAAAGCUGUAGCCCCGGGUGAAGCCUCCAGAGGGGCACCAAUGAGGCUUGCAGCCUGUGUGUGUUUGUGUGCUGGGAAUGCCAAACUGGGUUUUUGAUCUGGGUGAAAUAAAGCCUCAUUUCACCCUUGGGUCAGAGGGAGAAGGAGCAGAUUGGGAGGCAGUGGCAGUGGAAUCUGAAUCCCUGGCUUUGGGAAGGUAGUCACACCUAGUCAGAGGGACUCAGGGUUGCUGUGAUCUGCUGGCCGGUCUCUUUCAUGGCCAGCUGUGGAGGGGAUCUGACAACAGACCCUGAGUUGUGGUUCCUGCUGGCUGCCUGGGUCUCUGACAUUUUUAAUAUUUCACAAAGCCCUCCCACCCUGAGUCCAAGGCUAAGCAAAGGAAGAGAGAACGACUGCAGUGCUAUCCUGGGGCUCUUUCAUCUCACAGGAGUGGGAUCCGGGCCUGGGGCGAAGGCCUCCUCCAUCGCCACAGGUGUUAACUCUUUGAAAUGUCUAUAACACAGGUGUACAGCAGUUCAGGACAAAUUUUGCUGCGUGACAACAGUGCUUUCGGCAUUGUUGUCUGUUUCUUGAGAAUACUUGGGAUGUCCAUGCUUUCCAGCAUUUUGCAGUUGAAAAUAGUAACACUCUUGAGUGAUAAAUUCUUAUUAGCAUGAGAAAGGAUCACUGUCUUGACCUCACAUUGUUAAAGUCUCUUCCCCGCUUGCUCUAUGAAAUUAAACUGGCCAUCAUGGCUGCAUGCACACCAGGCAUUUAAAGCACAUUUCCCCACCCCAAAGAAUCCUGGAAGCUGUAAUUUGUUAAUGGUGCUGUGAAUUGUAGCUCGCUGGGGGGUAAACUACAGUUUCCAGAAUUCUUUGAAGUGGCGCUCUCAAUGUGCUUUAAAUGUGUGGUGUGUAUAUGGCUGAUAAUAUUUACUUGAAACAAAAGAAAAUACCGUAUUUUUCCUUGUAGAAGACAAUGCUUUUUGCUAAAAAGGUUUAGACAAAAUUUGGGGGUCGUCUUAUACACGGAUGGUGAAUGCACAGGGGUUAAAAAAACAAAACACUACUUAUGGUACCUUCCUGUGGCUGCCAUGAAGAAGCUGCCAGAAGCUGCCACUGACCUUCCCAGGUGCUUGGCUUGGCCGAUCUCCCCCCAAAAAGCACAACAACUUUGGGCGAUCUCAGGUGUUGGGGGGCAGGCUAUGCUGCUACCCACGAGCGAGCACCCCCACCACCCCAGGAACCAGCAGGAGUUGUUACACCGGUGCUUUAAUAAAAUAUCAAAGUUGUUCUGCUUGAUGUUUAAAAUAUUGAUUUCUUAAUUUAGGGUUCAAAAAAAUAGGGGGCAUCUUAUAUAUGGAAAAAUAUGGUAAUACUUUAGAAUGUGUUCACUGAAUGUUUGAUAUCACAGCAGAUCAGGUGAGAGAUCAGCUGUGAGUUCAAACACAUUCAGAGCAUUCUGUCCUUUGUGUAUAAGAGAGUAUAGAGCAAGGGUUGCCACACACUGGCAUUUUGUGGCCAAUAUCAGUGUUCGAAAUCAACCAGUAGCCAGGUGCUUUUUUCCACCUGGCUGUCAAUCACUUGCAGCCAAGUGAAGAUGCCUAGGCAACAGGCUGGCACCUGAGAUCUCCACCAUCUGGAGCUGCAUGUAUGGGGACCAUUGGAUCUUGACUGUUUUCACACACUAACACCACAUCCUAUAGAAUUCUAUUAGUUAUAUUUUAUCUACACGAUCAGAAUGAAUUUUAGGAACCAAAAGGCUUUUUCUGUGCAGCCUGAGCAGGAGCAGUCACCAUUAAGAAAAAGAAGGAGGAAUAGGCCAAUAUAUACAGUAUGUGGACUGUCCCUGGAUCAAGGGACUUUUCUGUUUUGAGAAGAACUUCUUCUCAAAGUUCUUAGCCUAGCCCAAGGUUGUCAUCUCAGCUAGCCAGAUGUUUAACUGAGAAUCAAUCACAGUCAGUCCCUCAUUUGGAAAAUAAGACUUUAGAGCCGUCUUGCCCCAAAAUGGCAACUAGACAUCCUGUUUUGGUGACUGCAACCUUUGUUGCAUUUAGCGCCUAGUUUCUAUACCUAAGUUUCUAACACUGGUUGACAUCCACGUUCAUCACAGUCCAGAUGCAUCUGCCCCCACUCAGAUGUGUAGCUGAUCCUCCUAAUAUUUCCCCACCAGUGUAAGAAGAGGGAGUACUAAACAGAUAAGGUUGGAGAGUAUUGGGGGUAUUUUUUAAUUCUGUAUUUAUUUAUUUAAUUUAUAUUCUGCCCUUCAUCUGAGGAUCUCAGGGCAGUUUAUAAUAUAAAAGCACAAAAAUACACACCACAGUAAUAAACAAAAACAAUAACAUCCCCCCCCCAUUGUUUAAUUAGCCAAAGGCCUGGGAGAAGAGGAAUGUUUGUCCCUGACACCUAAAUAUAUGUAACAAAGACACCAAUCAGGCCUCCUUGGGGAGCAUGUUCCACAAACAAGGAGCCACUGCAGAAAAGGCCUAUUUUUAUGUUUCCAGCCUCAAGACCCCUCGUGGAGGAGGCACAGAAGAAGGGCCUCAGAUGAUGAUUACAGGGUUCAGACAGGUUCAUCUGAGGAGAGGCAGUCCUUAAGUGUUGCUGUUCUGAGCCAUAAGGCUUUAUAGGUCAAAACCAGCACAUUGAAUUGGGCCCGGAAACUAUUUGGCAGCCAGUGCAGUCAGACCAGGAUCGGUGUUAUAUGCUCAAACUGUCUUGCCCCGGUGAGCAACCUGGCCGCUGAAUUCUACACCAUCUGAAGUUUGUGAACGGUCUUCAUCGACAGCCCCAUGUAUUGCAGGGUCAGUUCAUAUGGGGAGAGGCAGUCCUUGAGCACCUUUAACCAAAUGAGCAAAUUCCUCUUUGUGGGUCCUCAUGUGACCAAGCCCAAGCUGUGGUGAAGCAGGUUCUACAAUUCUAUGAUUCUGGGUGAAAUACCCAAAUGCCAGUGCACAACUUCCAUUCCAUCACCCUUUCCUCCCAAAAGAAAUACAUCCUGUUGUUGUGGAAAGCUAAGGGCAGGAUGUGGGGAACCUGUGGCCUUCAAGAUAUUUGUUGGACUACAAUUCCCAUCAUUCCUGACCAUUGCAUUUGCUGCCUGAGGCUGAUGAGUCUAGCAGCAUCUAGAGGGCCAGAGAUUCCCCAUCCCCGGCUUAGAGGACACACCAGUCAGGAAGCCAGGCAAUGACUUUAUUGGACCUCUCUUUGGCUGCUUCCAGACAACCUGUUUACAGUGGUACCUCAGGUUAAGAACUUAAUUUGUUCUGGAGGUCCAUUCUUAACCUGAAACUGUUCAUAACCUGAGGUACCACUUUAGCUAAUGGGGCCUCCCGCUGCCAAUGCACCGCCGCCACGCAAUUUCUGUUCUCAUCCUGAAGCAAACUUCUUAAUCUGAGGUACUAUUUCUGGGUUGGCGGAGUCUGUAACCUGAAGCAUCUGUAACCUGAAGCAUCUGUAACCCGAGGUACCACUGUAUUGAGCAUUCAUCCUGAGUUGUUUCCAGGGAGAUUAGAGGAGGUUGAAACUACAAGAAAGAAGAUUCCACCUAAACAUUAGGAAGAACUUCCUGACAGUAAGAGCUGUUCGACAGUGGAAUUUGCUGCCAAGGAGUGUGGUGGAGUCUCCUUCUUUGGAGGUCUUUAAGCAGAGGCUUGACAACCAUAUGUCAGGAGUGCUCUGAUGGUGUUUCCUGCUUGGCAGGGGGUUGGACUUGAUGGCCCUUGUGGUCUCUUCCAACUCUAUGAUUCUAUGAUUCUAUGAUAUAUAAUGAGCAUUUGUUCUGAUUUGCUUGCGAGGUUAUGUUGCACCAAAACAAGUGUUCCCCAACCUUUCCACUGCAUUUCACUUUCACUUUCCCUCACUUUGGGGGGAAGUGGGUUUAUUGCAGAAGACCUCUCAAUCAACUAUAGCUGUACAGCCUGAAUUUGCCAGUACAGUAGUACCUCGGGUUACAAACACUUCAGGUUACAAACACUUCAGUUUACAAACUCCACUAACCCGGAAGUAGUACCUCGGGUUGAGACCUUUGCCCCAAGAUGAGAACGGAAAUGGUGCGGCGACGGCGCGGCAGGAGCGGGAGGCCCCAUUAGCUAAAGUUAAGGUUAAGAAUGGUUUUGGGUUAAGAACGGACCUCCAGAACGGAUUAAGUUCAUAACCCGAGGUACUACUGUAUAUGAUUGAAUCCCACUCCAAAAUGGCAAUAGACUGGAGGUGCUCCCUGUCUCUCUUAAACCAAAACAACAGCAACAGGGAGCUCCUGAUUCCAUCCAUGACAUUUCAUAGUCUAGGUCAUGUGUGGGGAACCUGCUGGACUCAAGUCCCAGUCAGCAUGGCUAAUGAUCAGGAAAGAUGGAGUCCAACAACACCUGAGGGCCACAGGUUCCCCAUCCCAGGUCUAGGCACCUGUAGUCAGGAAUUUCUCACUGGGAUAGUUAGCCUGUGUCUGGGCUGUACCAUUUCAAAGUACAAGGGGAUGGGUUCACAUAACUGGAUGCUCCUCCACGCUAAAAGAAAAUAGCUUGCAUAUGGAAGAGUAGCGUAUCAAGGGCAAGUUUUUAAGCCCACAGGGAGAAAGGAUGUUGGGAACUGGAAAUUACACAAAGAGACACUAGAGAUGGAAGGGACCUUCAAAAGCCAUCUACCCAACCCCUCACCAAUUCAGGAAAUCCACUCUUUGUUUUUUUAAUGUAUUUUUUCCUAUUACAUUUGAACUUUACACACCACUUGAAGCAUUUGUAUGGAAAAGCAGGCAACAGCCCUCCAUAAAUCACCUAGUUUUGGAAUUACAACUUGUACAGCUUGUUGUCAUCUGCUCUCUCUUCUUCCCCCCUCCACCCCCGCAGGCCUCUCGGACAACACAGCAGACCUGGAAAAGCGAAGGCAGAUCUACGGACAGAACUUCAUCCCCCCAAAGAAGCCUAAGACCUUCCUGCAGUUAGUAUGGGAGGCGCUCCAAGAUGUGACACUGAUCAUUCUUGAAAUUGCUGCCAUAAUCUCCCUGGGGUUGUCUUUUUAUGCUCCACCAGGCGAAGAAAGCGAAGGUGAGAUGUGUUCCUUAUAGAGUCAUUAGAUCUGUUGGAGAGCAGAACUCCCUUCUCAAGGAGGCCAUGGCCUGCUAGUCUUGGAAUUAAAGGAAGAAGGUGGGCUCUGAGCCAACCUAUCUAGGAUAUUGCCUUUCCCAUAAGACCCUGCAGCAGGGCUGGCAGCCUGUGGCCCUCCAGAAGAUGUUGAGCUGUAUCAUCCUUCACCAUUGGCUGUGAGGGCCUGGGCUGAUGGGAGUUGGAAGUCCAACAACACCUGAAGAGCCAUAGGUUCCCCCAUUAGCUAGCUAGCUGGUCACCUUAUGUCCCACCUGAAGAUAAGAGCCCAGGACAGCUAGCAUUCAUUAAACAACAAUAUAAGGUCUUAAGCAGGCAUUUGAAGGAAAGUGCUGAAGUGCUUGCUUAAUAUUACAAGGCAAGGUGUCCCACAGCCUAGGUGCUAACAGACUUGAAUGCCCUUCUAUCUUGUAGAAGCAAGGUGAGCUUCACAUGUUGGGGAUCCCAGGCCUGAUCCCAGGCCCACACAGACUGCCUUUGGCUUCACGAUGCUGAGGUCAAAACUAAGAUCUGUUUUUCAACAGAAGAUCAAUGUGCCUUCUUGAAACAUCCAUCGAAUCAACAACUAUUUCUGCUUUCCAGUCUUCUGAAAUUUAUCGAGUUCUCCAUCACUUUCCACUAACUGCUCCAUUUAUCUACUCUGCUGACUCAUUCGUUUUCCUGUUUCUAUGAAGUACUUUUAAUGUACAAAGAGUAUUAUGUGAUUCUCUACUUCUUUCAGCUGCAUAACAACCCUCUGAGGUAGAGGACUGCUAUUCUCAUAGUCCUCCUGCACAAGUCCAUGUCUGAACUGGGCUUUACACUCCAAGCGUACCCAUGCAAUGACCCAUUUAGGGUAGCCUUUGGCAAUCAUCCAGAUCCAUGUAGUUGUGGUUGGUAGUUAACAACAAGCAAAUUCACCAAGAUAAAUUUAUAUUUAUGGAACAUACUUGAAGGUUGUGAGAUGUUCAGGACAUAUGUACACCAGAAAAUUAACUUGCCUCAUUCACAGAAUGGGAACUGACAAUCUGGAAGAAGGACUAGGGAUAGGUGAUUUAGGUAAUUUCAGACUCUGGACUUCAUGAUCUUACUGUCUACCCCCCACCCCUGCUGUAGAUGGCAAAGUGAUCUGCUGAGCAGGGCCCCAGACCUCUGCCUUUAAUAAAAAUUCUGUACCACUUGAUUGUAAGAAAAGACCUCAAAGACUUAAGGCAGGUAUGGGGAAAUGGUGGCCUUCUAGAGGCUGUUGUACCCCAACUCCCACCAUCCCCACUCAGUAGCUAAGAAUGAUGGGAGUUGUCAUCCAGUGUCUUCUGAAGGUACCUUGGUUCCUCAUCCCUGACUGAAGGAUGACGUGGUCAUAAUGAUAGUAGUCUCCUCCCUCUCCAACACCUUCUUUUUCUCCAUUUUCCUAGUCUGUGGGAACGUGGCAGCCAGCGCAGAGGAUGAGGGUGAGUCAGAAGCUGGUUGGAUUGAGGGUGCUGCCAUCCUGCUCUCGGUGAUCUGUGUAGUGUUGGUCACAGCCUUCAAUGACUGGAGUAAGGAGAAGCAGUUCCGAGGUCUGCAGAGCCGCAUAGAGCAGGAGCAGAAGUUUGCCGUCAUCCGCAAUGGGCAACAGGUCCAGAUCCCUGUGGCUGAACUGGUUGCCGGGGACAUUGCUCAAAUCAAAUAUGGUAAGGGACGAGGAAGGGUCUGGGCGGGCUGGGCUGGAUUCAUUACUGGGGGCCUGCUGAAGGCGUGGCUGUUACAGGGAGAGCCUGGGUGAUGAUAUCAAGAUAAACUUUUGGGAUUUGAUCUGUGACAGUCCUGAGAUCUAACAUCUGCUGAGGAAUCCUUGAGAUCCUUGCUGCAUGAAGGGUGCCUGUGGCAUCAGAUGGGGCUGGUUCACAGCUGUGGAGCAGUUACCAAGAGCCUACCUCUAUGUGAGGUUCCCUUGCAGAUGUGAUGCAUGGGUGCACUGUCAAGAGAUUUGCAGUGGCGCAUGGGGGAGAAGGCAUCCUCAUAAUUCCAGUUUCAGAAAGCUCUGCAGUGGUAGAACAAACAUUGAGAGCAUCCUUCUAGCAGACCACAUUUUCCAAACAUAGUAUAUGGACUGGGUAAUUAAAUGGGCACCCCUGCUAGCGCUAAGAAACUGAGAUGGGAUAGAGGACAGAAGGUGGUAUUUGGAGACGAACAGCACUAUCCUGUGCAUGUCUCCUGAGAUGCACUGAGUCCUGUGGGAAUUACUCCUCUUAGGUAAGUGUUUAUAGGAUUGCAGCCUAAGCAGAGUUGCUCUUUGAGACCAUGGCUCUGACCUGCUUCUUUCUCCAGGUGACUUGCUUCCUGCAGAUGGGGUGCUUAUCCAGGGGAACGAUCUCAAGAUUGAUGAGAGCUCCUUGACGGGGGAGUCGGAUCACGUGCGCAAAUCAGUGGAAAAGGAUCCCAUGCUGCUGUCAGGUGAGCGAACAAGAAAGAAAGGGAUGCAGUUCAGGAAAGCCAGAAGGAUCAUGUGCUGAUUUGGUUGCUGUGCACUGACAGUAGCCAGAGGCGGAACUAGCUGCCCCUGUGCACCCAGUGUCCCAUGGGGUGGGGCCAGUGUCCCGGGGGCGAGACGCCCAUGGGGCAGAGUGAGCCACCCAUGGCAGGCUGUUUCCUGGGCGGGGCGGGGGGGAGCCACGCUGCUUUGCCAGUAGCCUUCCUCCCUUCCCCAUUCCUUUUGACAGCUCAGGGGAGGCUUCCCUCCCCCAGGAAGCAGCCCGGGAGUGGGGGGCAAUGGCAUGCCACCCACCCAUGACUCCCAAGCCUCCCCCAAGCUGUCAAAAUGAAGGAGGAAGGGGGAAAGGCCGCUGGCAAGGUGGCACAGCUCCACCCCUUCCCCCGACAGCUCAGGGUAGGCUUGGGAGUCAUAGGCCGAAUGUCACCCCCCUCAGUGAUGACACCUGGGCGCACCGCCCCCACCACACACCCCUUCCUCCGCCCCUGACAGUAGCCUCCAAAUUCUCUGGUUUCAGGAAACCCUUUCCACUGUGGUGCAUCUGCAAGGAACGAGUGUGGCUGCCAUAGGGCCCCCUUUGUUUUAAGGAGCUGGGGGCAUACUUGCCUCACACAAACUGAGUCUUAAAGCACCACCCACCACUUCACCUGUAGCUGCUGUCACCACUGCUGAUCUUCUCCUUGCAAAGCCCCGGAUAAACUUUCCUCGGAGCUCCCUGGAUCACAACUUGAAAACCUCUCCUGUAGGAGAGCUUGUGAAUGCUGCUAUGGCACCCAUGGUGACUUUGGCAUAUGCCGAAGGAUGUCGGAAUGGGUGUCAGGAGCAGACGUGUGCCCCCGUUGCCUCGUCGACUGGGCCAGUUCUCCUUUUGCCUGCCAUCAGUUCCAGCUCCUGUUGCAAAACCAUACUCUGUUCACAAUAAGUAUGACAGUCACCCUUGCAACAAUAUUUUAAAACAAAGUGCAACUGCAAAAUGCAACUUAUUAUUAUUAUCUAUUAGAUUUAUUGCUCAGCCUUCACCAUAAGGGUGUGUUACAACAAUUGAAAAACACAAUAUUAAAAUAAGUUAAAACAAUUUAUAACUGAAAUAAUAGGGUGCGGUCUUCAGCAUAGGGCAAAAGCUAUACAAUGAAGGGGCCAGAUGGACCUCUGUGAGAAGGGAUGUUUUCUUAUGCUGUUAUAUUUGUUGGAAGCCACCCAGAGUAGUUGGAGCAACCCAGUCAGAUGGCAGGGUACCAAUAAAAAAAUUAUUAUUGUUGCUAUUCAGUAGCUUAGAAGGCUCUCUCUGCUGAUCUUAACACCAAUUAGCUUGCAGUAGCACAUCUGAAGCACGUUGGGAGCUGUUGCAGGAGCUACUACAGGAGCCUGGAGGGUUUGGAGGAGAUUCUGAAGAGGCUGGGAGAGAACUAGAGAAGAUUCUAAGGAGAGUUGAAAUUUGGAGAGAGAGCAGGGAGACUAAAGCCUAGCACAGUGAAAGGGAGGGAGAAGGACACAUCCGGAGACGGCCAUGGAGGAGAAAAAAGCCACUGCCAUCCCCACCCCGAAGUCCCCAAAGCACAGAGCUUUGGGAAGGAGGAAGGAGGGCUCCAGCAUCCUGUCACAGGCCUGGCGCCCCCUUCCCAAAGCCCGGGAAGCUUCUGCCCAGCUUAGGGAGGGAGGCGCAAUGCUCCGACAAGGUCCAAGAGCCCUCCCACCAUCUUCCCAAAGCCCACCCAUCUCUGGCUCCUCCCAACAUCUUGACGUCACAUGUGCAACACUGGGACAUCACAACAUCACACACAUGACAUAGGGGCCCCCAAUCACCCUUGAGAGCUGGCGCCUUGCAAGCACCAAGCUAGCACCAAGGCCCAUUAUUUUUACUAUUCUACUAAAUUGCAUUUUUGCCACCUCCUUUCAGGAAAUAUGGGGCUGGAGGCACCUCACACUGCUUGAGGACCCUGACAAUCUUCCUCCUCAUCCAUCUACUACAGUUGGCACCCAGGUCCCAUAAUUCCUGUACAACAAGGGGCUGAAGCUGGGAGAAGUGGGGCUACCCAAGUGAUCAUUUACUCAACUGUGGGGUGGUAUUCAACUAAGUUUUACUCAGAACAGACCCACUGAAAUGAAUGACUCUUGCUAAGUUAGGUUUGUUCAUUUCAAUUGGUCUACUCUGAGCAACACUUAGUAGGCUACCAUCGCAUGGUUUUCAAACUUUCUACCUUCAGGAAACCUUCUGCACCUCAUUUUGUCUGUCAAAACACUCAUGAACAUUUACAAAAGAUCUUGGAGGGUGGUCUAGGGGGCAUAUGCAGAGUGUUGGCCAGAACUUUCAGGCUCACCAAUGUCCCACAUAAACAUCAUGUACCUAAAAAUCACCCAGUACUUUCCUGUGGCUGCAGAUCAUGAAGGAAAAUUGUUAGUGGCUGGCAAAUUACCUUUCAGGGGAGUUGUUUGCCUUUAUUGGUCUUCUCAUCAAGAAAUUCCUGUUAAGCUUCCAUGGAACCCCAGUGUUCCCCACUGGCCUAUGGGAUCUUGUAGUGACUCCACGGGAUCUGAGCCUUCUGCUCCUGGCUUGGUUUCCAACUUUCUUCUGAUACCCUACUGACUCUCCCUUUGUUUUCCCAGGCACCCACGUCAUGGAAGGCUCUGGGCGAAUGGUUGUUACAGCCGUUGGGGUCAACUCACAGACUGGGAUUAUCUUCACUUUGCUGGGUGCUGGUGGAGAAGAAGAGGAAAAGAAAGACAAAAAAGGUAAGGUAUUCCCUCCGGCCUAGGUAAGCCAUUCCCCAGUGCAUAUCUGUAGCCUUUGUGACACAUUCCAAGUCUUCAUGUUCAGGUCAGCCAUUUGUUUACCAAUGCAGGAGUGACAUGAUCAGUCUCUCUCGGGUCUGUCUUUCAACAAUGUUUUCAAAAUUGGCCAGCUUUUGUCCACAAUGUCUCUCAUCUGUGUAGUAUUAAGUCAGUGCACACAAUCAUGGUUACAACAUAAUAGGACCUCACUACUUAGAUAUUGCCUUCAAGGUCAUCAAAUUCAUUCAAGUGCCCUCAAGUUUAGCAUCAUCCUGCUGUCCUUGGUUAUACAAGCAGUGCUGUGCCUUCAGGCAUUCCUUCCCUAAAGAAUUCUGGGCACUGUCGUUUACCUUUCACAAACAAUUUCCAGCCCUUAACAAACUACAAUGCCCAGAAUUAUUUGAGGGAAAUAAUGUGAUUCUAAAGUGCUGCAAAAGUAGAAUGUGGACAGAGUCAGUAUCUCACACAGUACUGCCCAGAUCUUUCCCUGAAUCGGCUGUUUAACUAUUAAACAUGUUUGCCACAUAGUAUAACUCAGCUCAUUUGUAUGGGCUCUGUAGCACUGGAUACCAAAUAAGGAUUUGGUGGGCUGUAGAUGUUGGCCUGUUGUUCCUGGAUAGCAGUUUAGGGGGUUUCUUACAGUGGUGGAGAGCAGACUCAAACUUGAGGGCUGAGACAGAGCUGCACCUCUGUUGGGCUCAUUAAAUCUCCUGGGCCCACCAGCUUUUCUGGCUCUGUCCCUCACUUUACCACCUUCCCUAUCUGGAUUGGAUCGUGCCUCUUUCAGUCCCUACUACCUUUUCCUGUGACUUCUCCAUCUGUGAAACCAGAUACAGCUGUUACAGACCUUGCUCAUCAUUCCUUCUUUUGUCUAACAUUCUUCACUUCUUGGCAGUCUGAGCCUCUCUUCAGCUUACCCAGUUCCCACAUAUUAGGCAAAAUGGCAUACAAAAAUGUGUAUAUUUGAAGAAAUCCACACUAAAAUACUGAUGAACUUUCACAAGAACUUGUGUGUUUUCAAAAAAAGAAAAUCAAAAAUUGAAACAGAAAUGCUUGACCAGCCAGCUCUACUGCCAGCCCUCCUCUCAAUUUCCCCAUCAUCCCUUUGCCCUAUUGAUCCAGAUCCAGGUGCAGGUGCAGGUGCAGGUCACCUCUUUUCCCUGCCGUAAAACAGUCCCAUCCAGCUGUCCUUUGGCACAAGUGUCCUUUCAAUGUUCUUGUAGUGACAUAGGAGCUGCUUAUUCAUAGGCAGCUGCUCAUGCAACUGGGAGCAUUUAAAUAGCCCAGUCACAUGCACAGAGGUAAACCACGAGGGUCCUUCGCACUGAAAAGGUGCUGCUCCUGGAGCAGGGAGAGGGUUUGCUGAUUCCAUGGGAAAGGCCCGUGUGAUUGGGCCAUUUAAAUGUUCUCUCAGUUGCACAUGGAUAAGUGACUCCCACACAGCCAGGAGAACAUCUAAAGGGCAUCACAGUGUAAUUGCAUUUGACUCGGCACUCUUGCUCAACAUUGUUGACUCAUCUGCCGAAUUAUGGCUCAUCAUUUUUGGAGUCUGAUUCAGAAAAGAGACUGGUCAUGACUCAAAGCCUUCGGCGUUUGUCUCUUUAUUGUUGGGCCUUCAGUACAAGAAGGGUUCAACUCAUUAACUACCUCAGACCCACAUAAGGUGUAGAAACACUGAAGUAACUCCACUCAAUCACUCCCAGCACAACAAGGUUCCAGUUUUCAAGGAAAAUAGCUCUAUAGGACGAAAUCUUUUUCACUCCUCCCAGUCUUCUCCUUCUGUUGUUUCCAACAGGCAGCCUAAUUCUAUAAACAUAUCUUAAUCCAGGAAUGUCCAACCAGUCGAUCACGGGCCAUUCCUUGUCGAUCCUUGUUGCCCCCCCCCCCCAAAAAAAGCUCAACAACUCUGCUGGUCUAUCGUUCCCAAAAACCGUGGAAGGGUUGGGAGCUGGGGACACUGCUAUGCAGUGGUUCUGCUCCUUCUUCCUGGGCCAUGUCCAGAAAGUGGUGUUGGGGUGAGUGUUUGGACCCCUGGGUGCUUACUUGUGGGGUGACUCAGGACUCCGUCCACUCUGCUGUGCUUUUUGUAUAAAGCAACUGGGAGAGAUCAAGAGGCGGUUGAGUGUUCACCAAUAUGUGGAUGAUACCCAGCUCUACCUCUUGUUUAAAUUGGAACCAGUGAAGGCAGUGAAUGUCCUGUGUGCCUGUCUGGAGGCAGUUGGAAGAUGGAUGGCAGUCAAUGUAUUGAGGUUGAAUCCCGACAAGUACUAUUUAUGGGGGACAGGGGGUGAGUAGGUGUGGGGGACUCCCUGGUCCUAAAUGAGGUAACUGUGUCCCUAAAGAACCAGGUGUACUGCCUGGGAGUCAUUCUGGACUCACAGCUGUCCAUGGAGGCCAGAUUAAUUCUGCAUUCAGGACAGCUGUUUACCAGCUCCUUUUAAUAUGCCUGCUGAGACUCUACUUGCCUGUGGACUGUCUCACCAGAGUGGUUCAUGUUCUGGUUAUCUCCCACUUGGAUUGCAAUGCGUUCUACGUGGGACUGCCUUUGAAGAUGACUCAGAAACUACAAUUAAUCCAGAAUGUGGAUGCUAGACUGGUGACUGGGAGUGGCCGAUGGGAACAUACAACACUGGUCCAAAGACCUACAUUGGCUUCCAGUAUGUUUAAGAGUGCUUGUGCUAACCUCUAAAGCCCUAAAUGGCCUCAACCCUGUAUACCUGAAGAAGCAUCUCCACCCCCAUCAUUCAGCCCAAAUGCUGAGAUCCAGCACCAAGGGUCUUCUGAUGGUUCCCUCACUGUGAGAACUUAAGCUACAGGGAACCAGGCAGAAGGCCUUAUCAGUAGUGGCACCCAACCGUGUGGAACACCCUCCCAUCAGAUGUCAAGGAAGUAAACAACUAUCUGACUUUUAAAAGACAUCUGGAAGCAGCCCUGUAGACGGACGUUUUUAAUGUUUGAUAUUUUACUGUGUUUUUGUAUUUUAUUCGAAGCUGCCCAGAGUGGCUGGGGCAAUCCAGUCAGAUGGGUGAGGUACACAUAAUAAAAUCAUCAUUGUUAUUGUUAGUACAGUGGAACCUUGGUUCCCGAAUGACUUAGUGGCCGAACAAAUCGGCUCCCAAAUGCCGCAAACCCACACAUAAGUGUUCCGGUUUGCAAACGUUUUUUGGAAGCCAAACACCUGAUGCUGCUUCUGCAUGAGUGCAGGAAGCUCCUCCAGCCAAUUGGAAGCCACGCCUUGGUUUUCAAAUGGUUUCAGGAGUUGAACAGACUCCCAGAAUGGAUUAAGUUUGAGAACCAAGGUAUCACUGUGGUAGUAUAUAGAUCCGUUCCAAUCUGGGUUCAGGCCUGCUCAUGGAACUGAGUUGGCCUUUGUCAGAUGGAUAACCUCUGCAGAGAGCAGGACAGCUGGAGUGUGUCCUUGCUCCUGCUUCCUGAUCUCUUGUUGGCAUUUGAUACCAUCGACAAGGGCUGGGCAAUAUCUGGUUUUCAGCAUUGUGAACGAGCUAACCAUUGCAAUAUAGUGAAAUAUCACAGUGUCUGAAAUAACACAGGAAAAGGCUGAAAAAGCAGCUGGGCUGUGGAGGGAGAGAGGAGCAACCAGGAGGAAGGGAAGUAGGCUGCCCGCUUGCUUGGGCAAAGGAGCUCCUGCCCCUGCCCUCCCUCCCUCCCUCCCUCUGCAACCCAGCCUCAGCAGAGAGAGCCUGAGAAGGUCUCCAUCUGCCUGCCUGCCUGUGUGCUGGCCUUUGCCAAGCGGAGCAGACUGCCUCUUUCCUCCUGACCAACCCAGCUUGCUCGGGCGAAGGCAAACAUACAGGGAGUAAAAUGCCCUGUGCUGGUGGCAGCCAGGGAGCCACAAUGUAUUGCCAGCUCAAAAAUUCUGAAGGCAGUAUCAGGAUUUGAACUUCAUACCAGUUUCAGACUGUUAUUGAACUGAAAUAUCACCCAGGUCUACCAUCAGCCUUCAUAUCCUCCUGGAUCAGCUCUGGGGAGUAGGAAUUUGGAGCACUGUGUUACGUUGGUUCUGAACCUGCCUUCAGGAACCAAGCCCAGAAAGGAGCAUUGGGAGAGGGCCUUUUGGCCCCCUGGCGGCUGCGUUCUGUCAGUUCACCCUGAAAAAAUAUUUAUUAAUGUUUUGUUUUUCUUUUCCCUGAUCCCCACCACGUCUGACCCCUGUUGCACUUCCCCUCCUCUUGCACUCCAACCUCCUCUUUCCCAUGGUCCCUUCUUUCAUCCAUUUCCCCUAGACGCUAAUGCAGAGACUUCCGAAACUGAGAACAAGGGGGGUAUGUGCAGAAGGGCAUAUAUCUGCGUCUCUAGAGUACAUGCAUACGCUCCCAGACAGGCCAACCAUGCAUGCUAGACAUGCAUCCAUGACAUGUAUGUCCCCACCAGUGAGAACAUUAGAACAGCCUGGCUGGUUCCGGCCCAGAGGUCCACCUAGGUCAUCAACCUUGUUCCUCUCAGUGUCCAGCCAGAUGCCCCUCAGAAGCUCACAAGCAGGGCAUGAGGACAGCAUCCCUAACACCACCGUCCUCUUUGCCCUCCUAGCAGCUGUCAAUCAGAGGCAUGCUGCUGCCACCUCACUAUGUGACACUGACAACGUGCAUUUCUAAGCAUUCCCCUUCAUCCUGGCAUAUUCUUAGAAGGCAGCAAUUCCUCCACACACAUAGCGAUGCACACACUAGGCCACAGCUCCCUUGAAGGGGCACUCCUGUCAGCUGUGAUUGCAACACAGACAACCCACACUGCUGCCAUUUAGGUUAUUUGCUUGCUUGCUUGUUCAUUACCUGCCAUCCAACUUGCCGGAGGCACACCAGGGUGGUUUGUUGCAACAUUGCAACAGCAGCACAAUCAAUCCUUUUUAAAGCAGCACCAUUAAAACCAAAAAGGAAAGCCUGGCAGGAGAGCCCAGGGAAUGUAGUUGAUGCUGUCAAAGCCACAGCAGUUUAUUAUAUAUAUAUGGGUAGGAAUGGAGGAGGAAGCAGCAGUGCUUGGAUCUCACCUGAUGUGAGCCAUCAUCAUGGAUCAUCAAGGAUCAUCAUGACCAGAUCACGGAGCCCACUUUAGAACUCACAAUCCUACCAAUUUGAGGGCCCAGCAAUGCCUGCCUUGGUCCUCUGCCAAAAGCCCCUCCCGUCUUUAUAAAGCUGCGAAGAAUUCUGGAGCAGCUGAUGUGACAGAUCUUCUUGCUGCUGCUGCUGCUGCUGCUGCUUUCAGUGGAACAAAGCAAGUCCCCCUAGAAAUAGCAGUAUCUGGUGACCUUCUGUCACUCUCUGAGGGAAUUGUAUUGGGGGGGGGGACCGUGGCUGCCUCCAUGGAAACACUGGGUUUACACAAAAACAGCACCAACUCCAACAGCCAAACCACAGAAUCAGUAGCAAAAGGUCACAUAUGCACAUUCCCAUUCUCUCGCAAAAUAAGUAACAUUUUACCAGCUUUCUAAAGGUCCUCAUAGGGCAAUAUUAAUGGGCUUCCCUAAGAAACAUCCUCUAUAGUAGGAAACAUGCAGUUUUUCAGUGCAUUUCACUUUAAAUAACCAAUAAACAUAUGCAUAUCUGUUGCUGUAUUAGUGCACACUUCAUUACAUCCAUGUAUUCUGCAUGUACAUCCAGGGCUUGCUAUGGAUUGAGACAGAGUCAGUUGCUACCCCCUCUAUUUCAGAGGGAUCGGAAGCUAUCCCAUUUCUUUUCAAUGGAUGCAGUUCAAGUCCAGCCUAACCGGACUCUAAACUGUCCCACUUCCUUUUCUCUCUCACCUUGAGCACUGUGCACUAACAGUAACCUGCCUUAACCAGCUCCCACCCUCUGCACUUCUACAACCAAUGAGAUAUCCUUCUUUAUCACACCCAGCCUGGGCUAUGUGCGUGGUUUUGUAGUGGGUGGAGCAGGAAAUCUGCUAACUGACUCAGAAAUGGAGCCCACCAGAUUAAGUCCCUUUUCUUUCUCAAUAGAUGCUCUGCCUGCCCAUAUGUCCUUGUAAAGUCACCUAGCCAGCUUCUUCCAUGGGGCGAAGUGGGAUGGGGUGGAAUGUCUUGUUUGUCAAUGCCCAUGCUGUCUCCAUACUGUGUGUUCUGUGCUGGUGCCGUGUUGUCUGUUCUCAAGCGUCCUGUGUUUGCGUUCCCUUCUUCUGUUGUAGGAAAGCAGCAGGAUGGGGCAGUGGAGAAUAAUCAGAACAAAGGUAAAAAUCCCGGGACACUCCCCCAACACAUUUUGAAUGCCUCCCCUGUAGUUCUACAUUUAGCUAGAGUAGUAUCCAUAGUGGAAACAGUUAGUCAUCACUAGGCUUUAACAGAGUGAUUCUAGAUUUCCUAGCAGUAUAUGUAAUUUGCAUUCAGAAAACUGACAUGUUUAAACAAAGCAAAGCAAGACCUUGUGUGACCAGAGGCAAAAGCAUGCAGGGCUCCUGUUAGGGCUGUUAUCUCUGGGGUGGAGAGGUGGAGCUGGGUACUAAGCUUGCUAACUUGGGGAGCAAAGCCCAGAGCCAGCCUGCAAUGGAGGCAGGGGCAGAGCCCAGUGAGGUUUGGGUGAGUUGCGGGCAGAGCCCAUACAUUCUGAACAAGUCUAGCGGUUGAGACUUUCUCAUUUCAAGGCAAACGAGAAACCUCAUUGAUUUGUGACAUGCACCAUAACUGCACAAAACAACUUCGAUUUAGUACAUUACAAGGAUGGUAUAUUCAAAUGAAGUACUGUUAAAAUGUUCUGACACAUGUAAUACAUUAUUUUCUUUCAGUGGGUUCCUUAUUUUGGAGGUCUUCAGAUGGUGACCCUUGGUAGCACUCACCACAAAAUCUUUGUAUUCAUCCAAGCUGUGCAGCUUAAAACACACACAUGUGAAUGUUGAUUGAGUGGUAGAGUGAUUUUGCCCCUUGUUUUUCUGGCAACUGGCCUAUAAAUCAUAAAAGGUAGCCAAGCUGUAUUUAUCCUGGUCAGUUGGCAAGCGGCUACAAUUUUUCCAACUUUUCCAUGCCAAGCUGCACCUCUCCACAUUCUUCCUUCUGCGCAAUUAUGAAAGCAAGAGGGUUUCUGCCUCUGGUCACACUAAGAGAGUCCUUGGCCUGCCAUGUGCUGCUCAGAAUAAGCAGAGCCAACACAACCAGAAAAGUUCCUGUAGUUGUUGCAAAAGAAUAAAAAUAUUCCCUGUUUACAGACAGGGGUGUACCAAAGUGCAGAGAUUGCAUAUAUUUGUCAGUUACUGAGCUGGUAUAUAAACUCAGAGAUUUUGGAACUCCAGUAUUGGACCUGACAUUCCUAUGGUUCAUAGGAAAUAAGCAUCUUGUACAAAGGCUAGUGGGAGAGUGUUAUCAAAAUACAUGUUGGCAUGUCAGACAGUGUUGGGUAUUUAGAAUCACGAGGGAUAGGAGUGGUGUGCAUGUGUGUGCACACAUGCACGCCGGUGUUUCUCUUGUUUCAGUAGCCAUGUAUGUAAGUAUUAGAAAAUGCUGUCCAACUGAGCACAAGCUUUUUUGAGCCUACCAUGUAAAGAAUUGUUCACCUGAAUUGCGCACUAGAAGGACUUUCCUAUAAAGGACUCUAGAAAUUGUAGUUUUGUGUGAAGGUGCUGAGAUUUUUGUCAGAAAGAUCUCAUUCAGGGAACCACAAUUCGCAGAGUUCACUGGGAGAAACUAUGACAAUUAAACCACAUUUAGUUCCACUUUCUCUACAUGGGAGAUAUUCCUGUGAUAAGACUGCACUAGAGUGGCUGUAUAUAUUUUUGCACAGCUGGGGUGUAUUGUGGGUUGAGAGAAAAUGUGAAAGAGGCAACAAGAGACAGCGUGGAUGCCUGUGUGUGCUGCCUUCUGCGGACAGAUCUGAAACUGGUCCUCGACUUUACCCUAGGAGGAGGCAAAUUCCUAUUUCCCCCAAGGAAGCAUCUGGAACAGGGGAAUGGAACAUCAGGCCAGGGGCCAAAUCUAGCUUUCCACUCCUCUCUGUCUGGCCCUCAGCAGGACUCUCCCUAGGCCAGGCCACACUCCUCGCUACUGCACCCCCUCCUCAAGUGCAUUGGCUGCUUGAAUGUGUCCAUGAACUCUUGCUUGCCUCUUGCUUGCUUGGGGGGGGGGGGUAUGGGAGAGAGGCAGGGACUCCUUGGUGGUUGUUGCUGUUCUUUUUUGCAUGGCUGGAAAGUGGCAUAUUGUACAAAGUCACACCUAUUGCCCCAUGGGCUUUUUCCUUUGGCCCCGAUCAUCACCAGGAUGCAGCCCCCAGAAGGGGAAGGCUUCCCCAUCCCUGAUGGCACCAGAUGUGCUGCAGGGAAUGGAGCCCCACUAGAGCCGUCAGGGGAUGGGGCUGCCACUUUUUCUGUGACCCAGACCUUUGUUGACAUCAGCAUGUGACACAGAAAUUCAGCUGGUGGGUUUUUUUGGGGGGGGGAUAUAUGUGGAAAACCUCAUCUGCCAUAGAAUUUAGAGUUGGAAAGGGCCUUGGAAGUCAUUAGAGGACCCUAAGGGAAGGGCUGUAGCUCAGUGAUAGAGCAUGCAAGAAGGUCCCAGGUUCAGUCCCCACUGGCAUCUCCAGGCAGGGCUGAGAGAGACUCCUGCCUGAAAUCCUGGAGAGCUGCUGCCAGCCAGUGUAGACAAUAUUGAGCUAGAUGGACCAAGGGUAGAAGGCAGCUUCCUGUAUCAUCUUAUCCAACCCUCUUGCAAUGGCAGCGCCCCUGACAGAUGGCUGCCCAGCUCCUGCUUCAGGACCUUAUUUCUAGCGCCUCAGGACGCUGUUUAACAGCACAAGAGCAGGGUGGCUUUUCUGUUUGUUUGUUUUUGUUUUGUUUUGUGUCAAUCUUAGCUGUAGGGUUAAUAUGAAAUUAGGGUGGGACAGAUAUUCUUCCCUUAUGGGUGAACCAGUGUUUUGCUCCCCCUCUCUCUCUGCAGCCAAAAAGCAGGAUGGGGCAGUUGCCAUGGAGAUGCAACCCCUGAAAAGUGCAGAGGGUGGUGAGAUGGAAGAGCGAGAGAAGAAGAAAGCCAGUGUGCCCAAAAAAGAGAAAUCUGUCCUGCAAGGGAAGCUCACCAAACUGGCUGUGCAGAUUGGGAAAGCAGGUAUGUUGGGAUGCCGUCUCACAGGACCAAGCAGAGCGACCCAUGUUGAGAAAUAGCAGGAGGGUGGCCUCCUUUCUUAGAGGAUGAGAAACAAGAUGUAGAUAGAACUUUGUGCUUCGUGACAAAAAGAAAUGAAUUCCUCUUUUCCUUCCCGCCCCCCAAAAAAGAAGAAGAAAAGCAAGUUCUGCAUGAAUUUAUUUCCUUUUAUUUUGAACGAUUUAUUUCUCUCUUUUUACACUUUUGAUCAUUCAGGUUUUAUCAAUGUUUAGGGGGGACAAUUAAAUGAAAUGUCUUGGUUAUUGGAGCCCCAACCAGAAGCAAUGAAAACCAUAUUCAGUCUCCCCUCCGUCUUCUGAGGUUUCAUCAGGCAUUGACCACUUUGAGGCAUAUCCUCAUAACCAUAACAAGGACUAGAAACAGAGAUUCUCAGGAAGCUGAAUUUAACACGCAGCCUUUUCCCAUAGGGACUGGAGGUGGUGAUGCCCAAUGCAUCAUUGACCUGCCCCAUUUUGGAGAACUCUUUCAAUUAGUAAUGUUGUGUGACCCAGUCCCCACUCUGCUCUGCGGAGAAAUGGGUCUCUCCUUAAGCCUUGCAUGGUCUGGUCCAGUGGUGGACCUACAUUUUGGGGGCCCUGAAGCUUGAACUAUUGGGGGGGCCUUCACAACCAGCAACAAGGUAACCACUGCUAUCUUCUUCAAUGGGGUUGUUCCAUGGCAGAUCUCCACAAAUCUUCUGUGAGUGUGAUUUUUGGUAUCUGCUUAAGUACUUUCAUGAACUCAUUGUUAUUCAUCUCAGCGGUCUUGACCUGUGCUAAAAAGGGGAAAGAAUUACAUUAACCACAGCAGACCAGCCAACUUAACACAAUCCUCCACCUUUGCAACAUCCGUGCUAUAGACUCAAACUUUGGGAUUUUUGAAAUAUAUACAACAAAAAAUUAAUUUGAGUUGUACUAGACCCAUUUUUUUAAAAGCAAUCUGGACUAAAGUCGCUUCUGGGGCCCCUCAGAGAUUAGGGACCCUGGAGCUUAAGCUUCAUUAGUUUCAUAGUAGAUCUGCCUGGUCUGGUCAUUGAGAGGAGGCAAUGGGCGCUUGGCUGCCUCAAUUAUCUAGAAUGGAAAUCACACCUAACUCGCUAAGGUGAAGGUGGGAAAUCAGUUUUUUCUGAUCUGAGGAAGGUCAAAAGAACUUUGUGAACAAAGAGAACUGAAUAGUGUUUAGUUUGAAUUUGGGUAGCAAAAAAGUGGUUAAAAACUCAGUUGUUGCAGCGAGGCAGCACUGGUCACCUGUUUGCUUCCUCUGGCACCUCCAUAAAUCGAUUUGCAUAUUUGUAAAUAACAAGUCUCCAGUGCUCAGUUCUCCAAAAAUAUCUGUAAACUGUGAAGGCUGCCCCCAAUUUCUCACUGCUCAACUUAGAAAUGAAACAAUAUAAAAGAGGUUACCCAUUGAUCCUCUUUCUCUUCCACCCCAUCACCUUGCAAGUUUCUGAACAUUUUAAUUCCUUUGCCUUUCUAGAUAGCCUGCUCCUAUCAACCCUUGUCUUAGCAUAAAAUACCUGACGUGGCUUUGGGGACUGAAUGAGUAAUGUGCAAAGGGGCCUUGCAAAGGAGACUUAGGAUGUGGACACACUUCCUAUCUGUAGUGCAAAAAUGUAGUUUUUUUGAAUAUGGAAUCAUUCAUGCUAAUCCUCAACAUAAAUUCUAGAAUGAUCCUGCUGCCCACAAGGGUAGGUGGGAUUCCUUGAUAAUGUGCUUGAAAUCCCUCAGUUAGGUUAUCCACACCUUUUCCUUCCUGCACAUGCCCCAGGUGAAUGAAGAAUUGGUAACUGUGACCUUGUUAGGCCCACAACAUUGUUAGGCAGGUGUGGAUACACCCUCAUUACUGGGACUGACUCCGUCCAUUUUCAAAUGGACAUGGGAGGGGCGAGGUGUAUUGCAAAAUCAAUUUUCAUUGAGCCUUUAUUUUUGGAAUUGUGAAAAGCUAUUUUCAGGGGCAUAAAAUGUGCAAUAUGUCCUGAAUGUGUAUAGACUAGAUAGAAAAAAACAAGAUCUCAGUGAGCAUUGAAUAUAAUGUUGUGUGUACGCAGCCUUAGUUUCAAUUCCUCAUGUUCUGGCUUUAGAGCCAGAAUAUUCUUAAAGUGUGGAACUUGGGGUAGGUGGGUGAUCACAGGUACUCAGGCUUAGGUCUAAUUGUCAUACCUGAUUGUCCGUUUCUCUUUCUUUCUCUUAUUCCUGCCAGGGCUGGUGAUGUCAGCCAUCACUGUCAUCAUCCUGGUUCUGUAUUUUGUUAUUGAGACAUUUGUAAUCGAUGGGAAGGCAUGGUUGGCUGAGUGCACCCCUGUCUAUGUGCAAUACUUUGUCAAGUUCUUCAUUAUUGGUGUCACUGUCCUGGUCGUGGCCGUCCCAGAAGGCCUCCCAUUGGCCGUCACUAUCUCCUUAGCCUAUUCUGUGAAGGUAAGAAUCAAAUUUUCAGUGUCUGGCAUACAUCACAGGGUUGGUAUCCUUCUCGUGUGAGAGACUGUCUCUGAAAUACCAGGUUGGCAAAAGUAGUGCCCUCUGAUAGUCGUCUCUUACAAAUUAAGGUAUAGCAUUGAUUUGAUAGACUUCAAUGGGAGUUAGAUGCAUGGUGUUUUAGAUCCUUCUAUGUUUUGUUUCUGCUCUGCCCUCAGUACAAUGUCUGUUAGAUUCAGUCAAGAAGAGUGCCAGGUCUGGGGCCUAGCUUACAGCAAGUCCUAAAGAAUCCGGGCCUGACCUUGAUAAGGCCAUAGACAUGCUAGACAGGAGGCAUAGUCACGAACAGGCUACAGGUCAGGAAAAUAGGAGUGUCCAUUUCCCCAGGUCAGGAAGGCUGCAGCUUAGAUGGGUCUUGUUGCUUCAGCAAUGCAGCAGCUCAAACUGGAAGCUUGUAUAGGAGCUGGAGGCUGACCAGGCCCUGGUCCAAGCAGUUGUCUCCUUGCACUUCCCCUUCCCCUAGAUAGCCUCAUGUGCAAGCAUUUCAGCAGCAUCUCUGAAGUUCCUGCCCAGCUCUCUGUCUCCAUUGCUCCUUGACCCUAGGGUGAGAAAUAAGGGGCAGAAUGGCAACUGGUGUAAGGUAUCUCUAGUCCUGGGACAAAUAUGUUGGUUUGUCGGGGUCAUUGGUAGUAUGAGGAUCGUUGGAGGGACCCUUGGUCCUCAUCAGGUUCAAGGUCUGUGUCGGCUGAACCAUGACACAGAAGCAGAAGAGGCUGGAGAUCAAAUACUGCAUUAAAUAUACAGUGGUACCUCAGGUUAAGUACUUAAUUCAUUCCGGAGGUCCGUACUUAACCUGAAACUGUUCUUAACCUGAAGCACCACUUUAUCUAAUGGGGUCUCCUGCUGCCGCCGCGCCGCUGGAGCCCGAUUUCUGUUCUCAUCCUGAAGCAAAGUUCUUAACCUGAAGCACUAUUUCUGGAUUAGCGGAGUCUGUAACCUGAAGCGUAUGUAACCUGAAGCGUAUGUAAGUUGAGGUACCACUGUAUGAUGUAAAGUGAGGUGGUUCAGGGUUAGUAUGAUGUAAGGCAAAGCAAGAGAGAGUCUGCAUUGCUGGCUGAAGGGAAGCAUUUUUCAGAUGACUUGACAUGCUUAGAAGGAAUGGCUGGUGCCUCUGCAUAUUUUGGGAUGUCAGCUGACUGUGGGGUCUUCUGUGGGGUCAGCUGACAGCCUAGAUGGUAGCUGACUGUGGGAGGUCCUGGUUCAACACACCCCUCAGCACCUUAGAGGAAGACACUGGGGUGCAGCUAAACUCCUGAUCUCAUUCUUUGACUGCAGAAAAUGAUGAAGGACAAUAAUCUGGUUCGACACCUGGAUGCCUGUGAGACCAUGGGCAAUGCCACCGCCAUCUGCUCUGACAAGACAGGCACCUUGACCACCAAUCGCAUGACCGUUGUGCAGUCCUACAUGGGUGACACUCACUACAAGGAGACCCCUGAUCCCAGCAACCUUACACCCAAGAAUCUGGAUCUGCUUGUGCACGCCAUCGCCAUCAACAGUGCCUACACCACCAAGAUACUAGUGAGUGGGCGCCAGGGAUGCCCCACUGCAUCCUCAGGCUAGAUAGGCCAAUGCUGCAACACUACCUUUGGGUGCCAUUUGAAUGUUAAAAGGUAAAGGUAAAGGUACCCCUGCCCGUACGGGCCAGUCUUGACAGACUCUAGGGUUGUGCGCUCAUCUCACUCUAGAGGCCGGGAGCCAGCGCUGUCCGCAGACACUUCCGGGUCACGUGGCCAGCGAGAUGAAGCUACUCUGGUGAGCCAGAGCCACACACGGAAACGCCGUUUACCUUCCCGCUAGUAAGCGGUCCCUAUUUAUCUACUUGCACCCGGGGGUGCUUUCGAACUGCUAGGUUGGCAGGCGCUGGGACCGAGCAACGGGAGCGCACCCCGCUGCAGGGAUUCGAACCGCCGACCAUGCGAUCGGCAAGUCCUAGGCGCUGAGGUUUUACCCACAGCGCCACCCGCGGGCAGCUCAAAGGGAUGGAACUCAUAAAUGUUGUGGAAGACUCUGGCAUAUUCUCUUGGUCCACUGUAAAUCAAGGGAGAAAUAUCAGUUUUAAGAGCUGGUAUGGCAUAUGAGGAUGUGGGUGGCGCUGUGGGUUAAACCACAGAGCCUAGGACUUGCCGAUCAGAAGGUUGGCGGUUCGAAUCCCCGCGACGGGGUGAGCUCCUGUUGCUCGGUCCCAGCUCCUGCCCACCUAGCAGUUCGAAAGCAUGUCAAAGUGCAAGUAGAUAAAUAGGUACCCCUCCGGCGAGAAGGUAAACGGCGUUUCCGUGCGCUGCUCUGGUUCGCCAGAAGCGGCUUAGUCCUGCUGGCCACAUGACCUGGAAGCUGUACGCCGGCUCCCUCAGCCAAUAAAGUGAGAUGAGCGCCGCAACCCCAGAGUCAGCGGUCAGGGGUCCCUUUACCUUUAUGGCAUAUGAGUGCGAGAGGAUCUGAACCAUCCUGAUUCCUUGGGUUUACCUCCUUGCAAUCUGCUUCCCAGACACAUUUCCCCCCAGCAAGGCUCCAGUACAGGAUAUAAACCCAGUUAGAAUAAAAAGUGUCUAGUAGAUUGGCAUAGGAUUUUUCCUUUUUAUGUUAUUGCAGGAUGAACAAUAAUGCUCUUUUAACUUUCUGAUGUGUUUUUGCUUUUGUAUUACACACGCUUUCCUAAUUGUAAGUAACUUUGAGAUAUUUUAUGUAGUAAGCAAUGAAUAAAUGCAAUGAUAAUCAUAAACAUAAAUAAAAUAAGGAAGCAAGCCUGCAGGAAGAUAGACAGAGGAUUUGGGGAGGAUUCAACUCUCCUCACCUGCAUUCUGCAUACUUACGUUGGUUACACAGCUGUAUUUCUGUUGUUGUGCUCCCCAAGUAACCCUGGGAAUUGUAGUUUGAGGACACUAAGAACUUUUGAUCAGAAAGUUGUAAUCCACUACAGUUCCCAAAAAUCCAUGCGGAGAGGAAGCCACAGUAUAAAUGUAUGUGUAGAUAUUCCUCCAAAUUCAAGGCCUGUUGCAGGGCUGAGGUUGUGGGAUCCCAAAACUUUUAGUUCAGCCCAUUGGCGGAGGAAACGGAUGAGGUUUGGAGAACUGAAGAAUGAGGCUCUCCUUUCUUAUUCUCUGCUUCCUCCAGCCUCCAGAGAAAGAAGGGGGCUUGCCACGCCAGGUCGGCAACAAGACGGAGUGUUCACUGCUGGGCUUUGUGCUUGACCUGCGGCGUGACUACCUGCCUGUGCGUGAACAGAUCCCUGAGGAGAAGCUCUACAAGGUUUACACCUUUAAUUCUGUCCGCAAAUCCAUGAGCACCGUCAUCUGCAUGCCUGAUGGCGGCUACCGCCUCUUCAGCAAAGGCGCUUCUGAAAUCGUCCUUAAAAAGUGAGUCUGCGCUCCCCUGUAUGAGUUUAAAUGAUGCCCACACAAGUUGUUGCUACUGCCCCGGAAUUAGCUGAGUGCUCAUUCUGGCUCUGAAAUUUGCACCAGCAUAACAACAACACUUGAGAAUACACGAUAAUGUAUGUGCAGUAUCAUGCAGUCCUUUGGCAGCAUCUCUGCCCUGCUCUUCAACUCCAAAAAUGCUUUCAGAGUUGUUCACAAUUUAAAACCAAUGAAAAGAGCAAAUUUUACUAAAACAAGAAAGCUGCAGAGAAGUAUACAACACUAAUGGCAGUGAGAUAAAACAGUGUCAAAUUAUGUUGUCAGGGAACUGCCAUCGGAGCUGGAAGCGGAGGGGAGGCUCCAAAGGGAUGGCGGAGAGGGUCCCAGUAGGGAGAGAGGGAGCCCGUCUGCUGGGGAAGGAAAUCAGCGUAACACCAGUAGAGAAGGGGGGCAGAUGGCGGAAUCGGGGAGGAGGCUCCAAAACUCCUCGCCGGAGACCAGCAGAGAGAGUACGGGUACUCCACUCCCCACACCCUCCCUGCGCAGAAGACUUCCGUGCAGGGAGAGUAGGAGGAGACUUGGCGUCAAGGAACUUUUGUGCUGGAAAAAGUUUAAGAAAUGCCCACUGAUGGAUUCUGCCAGCGACUGAGACAGUCACGAUGCUGGAGGCUGUUCAGUCAGAAAGGGUUAACCAGGUAACCUAGCCAAGCGUGGCGGCAACUUACGCACGAGCAACCCCUAAACCCAUUACAUAUGUUUUAAGAAGUAAGGCAAAUAAAAAUGUCUUCACAUGGGGAAAGGAAAUUUCAGGGCACUUUUGAACUACUGGGUGUCAGUACUGUACUGAGAAGGUUGCCUUACUUCAGAAGGCAGUGAGACCAUUGAGAAUGUCCAGAAGUCAGAGCCUGGUCUCUGCAGCCACAGCAGGUGCUAUGAUUCUCCAGCAUCUUGACUUCACCCCUGGAGGUGCACUCCAUUGUCUAUUGAGACAGAUGGAUGCCAAGAACAACAAUCACACUGGAAAUGUUCCCCAUCUUAUAUUAGUGCAGCUGGUUAUUCCUGCCUAAGUGUAAAACAUUACAUUUGGCCCUAUGUUGCAAUUCAUAUUGUUAGUUUUGGUCCAGUUCUCCAGUCUGUUAAGGUUGUUUUGAAUCCCGAUGCUGUCUUUGGUGGCAUUAGCCCCCAGUUGGAGGUCAUCUGCAAAUUUGAGGAGCAUCACCUCAAUUCCUCUAUCCAAGUUGUGUAUUAAGAUGUAGAACAACAACAGGCCUAGGACAGAACCCUGCGGCACCCCUUCAGGCACAAGUAAUAAGGAGCCUGGUGGAGCAAGCCGCUGCAUAUCAUGUGUGGCAAAGCUGCAUAUUCAAGAGAAAAUAAUCCUCUGUAAACUGUUCCUCUUUACCCCUUUUCCAGGUGCACAAACAUUCUCAACAGUAAUGGGGAGUUGCGCACCUUCCGGCCCCGUGACCGAGAUGAAAUGGUGAAGAAGGUGAUAGAGCCCAUGGCAUGUGAUGGACUGAGGACUAUCUGCAUAGCCUACCGCGAUUUCCCAGCAGGGAAGGAGCCCGAAUGGGACAGUGAGAACGAUAUUGUAAUAGACUUGACGUGCAUUGCUGUGGUGGGAAUUGAGGAUCCCGUGCGGCCUGAGGUAACAGCUAAACUAGGGUGCCUUUUCUGUGAACAAAUCCCUGUCUGUCCCUUGGGACUCACAGCCCAUCCUGAGUGUUUUCUGGGUGAGGAGAAUUGAUUCCAGUUCUAAGAUCUCAGACAGACAGGACCCUUGCUAAUAACAAUGACAAAAAUAUGGAUUUCAACCACCUACAUGAUAGAUAGUAUGUUGGACUUGGACCCAGAGAGAACUUUGCUAAUGCUCCAUGAAUGCUGCAAUUCUGCUGAAUGGCACAACAACAACAACCCAGAAUUUGUUGCAGAAUUCAGCAUCCUAAGAAUUUCGGCAAAAUGGGCAUCAUGUUUCUAGCUCUCAUGGCAGCAAAGGCAUAACUAGCAAUGCCUACUGAAAUUUUAGAAGCCAGAGAAAUGGCUAACAGAUUUCCAGUAGUUGGAGAAGGAAUUCCCAUGAUUAGCAAAAUUAGCAGAAUAACUUGCAAAUGUAAGAAAAUUUGUGCCCGUUUCCUUCAUUUGAGUAAUAUAUAGAAGUCAGCUUUACAUGGCUUCUUGUUUGUUCCAGGAAGCACCAAGAGAAAAGACCCAGAAGGGGGUUGGGGAGAGACUGAUCCUCUCUGGUAACUUGAGCUCAGGGCUCAGGUUAACCCUUUCAUGCAUGUGAGGGAAUCAAUAGCUGUAUAUUACAACAAAACCAGCUAGCAGUUUCAAUAUGGGGGCAAGUGAUCGCUCAGCAAACAUGUUGAAUUGCAGAAAAUCAAUGUGAGCCCUGUGCCUCCUUUGCAGGUGCCAGAUGCCAUUCGCAAAUGCCAACGUGCCGGCAUCACAGUUCGCAUGGUGACAGGAGACAACAUAAACACAGCCCGGGCCAUUGCCGCCAAGUGUGGCAUAAUCCAGCCAGGGGAGGACUUCUUGUGCCUAGAAGGAAAGGAGUUCAACCGGCGGAUCCGCAAUGAAAAGGGAGAGGUGACUGAAUAAAUUAUUUUAAGUGUCUGGAAAGGUGCUGCUCCUAAAAUUCCAGGGUGAUUCUAUCAAUAGCAGUGCAAAGUGAUAGCAGAUUUGAGCCUUCAUUUCUAGACCAUUGAUCAUCUUGGUUGCCCUCCUCUGCACAUGUUCCAGCUUGUAAACAUCCUUCCUAAAUUGUGGUGCCCAGAAUUGGACACAGUAUUCCAUCAUCAUCACUUUUACUUUGUAUGCCAUCUUUCUAUCUUACAAUAGCCAAAACCAGGCAGUUUACAAGCUGAAGAAACAAGUAUGUACACCUUAUAACAAUCCAAUGCAAUACAAUACAAAAAUGUGAUAAUAAAACAUAACUUUAAAACACGCAAUAAAAUAUUCCAGGUGUGGUCUGACCAAGGCAGAAUACAAUCGUGCAUUAUUCCCCUUGAUCUGGUCACUAGACUUCUGUUGAUGCCACCUAAAAUAGCACUUCUUCUUCUUCUUCUUCUUCUUCUUCUUCUUCUUCUUCUUCUUCUUCUUCUUUGCUGCUGUUGACUCAUGUUAAGCUUGUGGUUCACUAAGAUCCCUAGGACCUUUUUCACAUUCUCUCCUGGUCAACCUUAUGAGGGCCACAUGCCAAUGGUGGGCAGGGCCAGAGGCAAAAGUCGGGCAAGUAUUAACUGUGACUUUUACUUUUGCACAGCAGGCUAGUUUCUUCAUGCUGACACACCCCUCACUAUCUUCCAUCCAGGCAAGCAAGUAGCAUUGUCAGAGUUCAAGGACACAUUGCAGCCAGGCAAAAACACUCAGUGAGGGCUGGUGAAGGAUGUGGCCUGGAGAGAGUAUUGAGGGUCAGGUACUGAGGUUUGGUGGGCUCCAGACCUGAGGCUUCUAUUCCCUGGUGCAGACAGCACUGAGCUAAACCAAUGGUCAGACUUAGUGAGGCAGCUUCCUGUGUUCCUUUUUCUCUCCUCCUUUUUUGCACACCAGAAGAGGAAGUCAGAAGCUUUUGCAUUCUGUUUUUCAGUUUUGAACAAACCACAGGGAAGUUUUCCUAGCUCUGCAGCCUACUUUUCCCCCAGGGAGGAACAUUUAAAAGAAUUGAAUUCUUCUUCCAAAAUCGACAGACUUUUACAUUGUUUUGUUAUAUUAUUAGCUGCCCUGAUAGGUCAUACUUAAGGGUGGUGUAUAGAUCCUUCUAUUAAUGAAUGAAAUAUGCAACAGUGCAGCCCAGUCUACGGCCUUAUUUCUGCCUCAGUCUGCAACAAGUGUGGUCUGUGUCUGGGAAGGUCCAGGGUCUCAGGAGCAGAGCACGUGCUUUACAUGAAAAGGGUUCUGGGUUCAGUCUUUAGAGACUCCAGGUAGGACUGGGAAGACCCUGUCUGAAGCCCUGGAGGGUCACUGCCAGUUGGUCCAAUCAAUACCAAACUCUAUGGACUCAAUAGAAGGCAGCUCAUUUCGCUUUAUUAGUGAGUAGUUCUUACUUUAGGGUUACCAGACGUCCCUGGUUCCCGGGGACAGUCCUCGGAUUUGCAAAUCUGUCCCCGGACAAAUUCCAUCCCGGAAUGUCCCUAGAGUUGCAAAUCUGUCCCCGGGUACAUGGCAGCGGCAGCCUCAGCAGCCCAGAGCCAGUCUGGUAGCGCAGUUGGCUCUAGCUGGCUUCAGGAGCUGCCUGCUGCCAUCACCAGUGCCAAAGGUGAACCGGGGACGUCCAGCAGUACAGAUCUCCUGCCCCCUCCCCCCUUUGUUUUGACAAAUCGGGGGAGGCUCAGGAGUUGCAGGCUGCUGGCCGUUGUCCAGCAAGGCACAUGGUUUCUGUGCCAGGCAAGGUGCAAAGCCCUUUUUUUGCAUCCUGCGAAACAUAAAUGCGCAGAGUUUUUAAAAAAACUGGGCAACAGCCAGCCACCCGCGACUCCCAAGCCUCCCAUGACCUGUCAAAACAAAGGGAGAAGGGGGGCAAGAGAUCAGGGAAGGCUUGGGAGUCACUGGCAGGCAGCACGCCAUCGCCCAGUUUUUUAAAAACUGCGCAUUUAUGUUUUAUAGGGUGCGAAAGAAGGGCUUUGCACCUUUAUACAAUAUGCAUGUGUGCUUGGGCCCAGGGUCUUUUGCCUCACCAUCCCCAGUACCUGUUGCUACUCAGCUUCAAAAAAAAAAGUGUCCCCAGAUUCAUUGAAAAAAAUCUGGUAGCCAUAUGUUACUUGUCUCUGCCUCUCUGCCCUGCAGAUAGAACAAGAACGCCUUGAUAAAAUCUGGCCAAAACUGAGGGUUCUGGCUCGAUCGUCACCCACCGACAAACACACCUUGGUGAAAGGUAAGAGAUUGCCAGUCUCUUUGCCCUUAGUCAAUGCAGGGAAGAACAACAUGGGGUGGUGGGAGUCAGGACUUUCAUGGGGUCUGGUUGUCAUUUUCAGCCGGUGAACUCCAAAUAUGCAGAUCAGGUUAUCUAAGUCUUACCCAUAUAUGGAUGCAAACUUCUCUGUAAAGUCACUGGUAUUUAUUUGGAUGUGUAGCUCACUCACUACUAGCUAACCCACAUUCUUGCCCUUGAAGGCAUAAUCGACAGCACUAUCGGGGACCAGCGUCAGGUGGUUGCUGUCACUGGUGAUGGGACGAAUGAUGGACCAGCACUCAAGAAGGCCGAUGUGGGUUUUGCCAUGGUAAGAGAUGCUGAACUGAGUUCCCUGUGUCCACAGGGACAUUUCCUUCACAUAUCCUUUGUCUGUGGGGUCUGCAGACAGGGAGGGAAAUGCUUGCCCACGUAGAGUGAGGACAGUUUGCCUGCCCUCGCUCUGAAUUGGCAUCACAUAGCCAGAUCCCAUUGGCUACAUGUUGAUGUUUUGUCACUGUCAUGCUAGUUCUUUGAUCUCCUAUUAGCUGGAAUCUCAUAGCCAGGAAGAAGCCCUUGUGUUGUAUCCAGCUAACCUUUCUUCAGAGUAGACCUGGUGAAAUCAAUAGUUUUUAGUUAGUUAGUUAGUUAGUUAGUUAGUUAGUCAGAGUAAAAGUUCAUUGAACACAACCCCUACUAUUGAAAAUAAGCAAAUAAUGGUGCAGAACAAACAGCUAAUUGAAAAGGGAACAGACCUCAAACAAGAGUGAAAAUGGAGUUUGAGGAUUCAGGCUGGUGGUUAUUCUAGCCCUUAAAAGCACUAUUUUUACAUCAAAAAUGUUCAAACAUGAAAAUUCAGCACAUCCCUAAUUUUAACCUUGUUAAUCUUUAAAUUUACCAUACAGCACAGGCUGUAAGUCCUAUUGAAUUCAAUCUCUUCCUUCUGAGUGGACAUGUAUAGGAGUGCUUUGAAAGCCAAUGAAAUGGACUCCAUCAGAUUGUACAAGAACUGAGUAAGAUUUGGAUCAGUGGUAACAGCCCUGCUUGAAGGGCCAGCAGCGCUGACUGCAAAGCACAAAUCUAUCUUGCACAUUGAAACUCCUGUGAUUUUUAAACUAGUAAAGAGGAAUAGUCCCAGUUAUACAUAUUCUCUCUCCAAUAUGGAAAUAUCUCAGGAUCUAAGAAUUUCUACAAAAACCUGUGUUUGUGAAUCCUGUAUGUAUAACAGUGCAAUGACAUUAAUCGUGAAGCUAAUGUCCUUUCGUUUCUGGAGUUGCAACAAAAAUGUGCACUCCGUAUAUUUGCAUUCUGGCAAUAUAUUCAAUUGAUGCAACUUUUAUUUAAACUUUGUGGUCUAGGAACCUGCUCCAUAAAUAUGUAUGAUCCUGAAAACAGCAAACAUUCAGAAUAAAGGUACAAUAUUAGUUUACGAAAUUUUAAACUCUGAUGCUGAAUUCACUUUACAGGACCUGAAAUAUGGAAUCAGGCUACCCAAGUAUCCAAUCCAAAAAUAUAUCAAAGAAAUCUCACUAGAUAGCCAUGUGCAUUUUUCUGCUGCAGAAGAUGUCUCAGAGCCUACUGGUCUCAAUAUAGACUGACAAAAAGGUGAAUCCCAAGUGCAAAAGCAAAAUGCUGGGGGCAACUGUUUAAUUAUUUAUUUGAAGCUUUUUUUACCCUGCUCUUCAGCUGAAAAGGCUCCCAAAGCAGCUUACAUAAACUCAGUAAUGAUAAGACAGCCCCUGCCCUCAAUCUAAAAGACAGGACACAAAAGGAAAAAGGAAUGAGGAGGGAAGAGGACAACAAGCAAACUCAGGCACCAGUUCUUAAAGUUGCAAAGUUCUCAAAAUGACCAGCUGAGGUGGAAACAGUUGAGAGGAACCACAUGGAGCUGGUCUCCCAGCAGAGCUGAUGGAGUGGCCCUGUAGUCUCGUCUCUCCUUCUGCUGCAACCUGAUGGAAUGGCUGCUUCUAGUCCGCAUGUUGUGGGACAUGUUCAGUCAUUGCUCCUUCGGAGGACAAUUUCUAUAUAACAAAUCAGUGCAGUGAGCAAUUUCACCUUUACACUUGCCAAAUAUUUUGUCAUAACCCAGAAAUUUGCACGAUGAGUGAAUCACAAGAAGCCUGUCCUGGAAGAACUUGUGUAACUGCCAAACAAUUUCUCUGAAAAUUCACUAAAUUCCAUUCCAUUUGUUAGUGUGAGGGAAAAAAUCAGUAUAUACAAAAGAGAAUUCCCGGAUCCAAAUUUGGGGCAAGUACUCUUUGGUGAGAGAACCCCAAUACUGUAGAGAUUUUGCAUGCACAAAACAUGCAACAAAGUAAAGUGUGGAAAUAUAAACUGUAAAACCUUAAGAUGUGCCCUAUUAAAGUGAGUUCCGAAGUUUCCCUCUUCCCCUAGCAUAGAAAAAUACCACACAUUUGGAAAAUUAAAAAUGGUGUACUUAUAAAGUCUCCCAUGAUCAGAUUCAUGUGCUUUAUCCAUACAGCAUUCAGAAAAAGUUGCACAGGCAGUAAAACUUGGCUUAGUUACAAAGUGGUAUAAGUUUCUAAAUUAUUUGUAUAGGAACUAAAGUGGCUUGGUGUGCAGUCUGAGCUGGAGCAACCAGCUUAAACCUCUUCACACCCUGAGCUUCUCAGGUAGACUGAAGAAGAACAAUAGGACUGAUUACCUAUUUCCUCCCAAGGUAAGGGAAGUGGACACAGCUAAACCUGGCAGGACAGCUUACUCUAUGGUAUUAACCCUUUCAGGCAUUAAUUAGACUUAAGCAUGUUGAUUAUAUGAGGCUGGUUAUCCCACACCAGUCAUAGAUAGAAGAACAAAACAGCAAACAUUGGUUGGUUGGUUGGUUGGUUGGUUGGUUGGUUGGUUGGUUGGUUUUUUAAAGACAGAUAAUUUGGGGAAAAUAUGAAUACCAUUCUGGAAUGCUUUGGUGGUGAAAUAUUGCAGGGCUCUCUUAUAUCUCCCAUUAGGUAGAAUGCGUCACACCCUUUAUUUUAACAUUUGUUUUUUAUGUUGUUUUAAAUUUAAAAUCGAUCAAACUAAGAUAAUACACAUGCCUAGUGUAUUAUGGGAAUAAUGUUGAUGAGCAAAACAUGUGGGAUGUAGAGGGAAAUGAGAGGUUACUGUCAGAGUGAUGGUUAGGCAGGCUUCUAGGUUGGCAGGAGAAAGGAGAGGUUAAAAUAUGUUCCAUAGACAUUUCUUUGCCAGCGCAGGCACAUAGUGGAAACUGGUAUUGUGUUGAAUUGGGCCACAACUUUGAUUACAGGAAAGAUUACCGCAGCUGCUGAAAGAAAAGAAAGGGGCGAGCAUGGGCUGCCCCAACCUUAAAUGCCCCCUACUGGUCCCGCCCCCGCCGCCAGCCGAUUGGCUGGUGCGGUGAAUGAUGAAUGCUAAUGAAUCCUGGGAUUCCACAAGUCCGCAGGGCUGAGGGUAUGAAUGGGGCGUGAGCCCGCAACCCCCCCCCCCCCGUAUGUCGGGAGUGGCUUUGUGUUGAAUUGGGCCACAACUUUGAUUACAGGAAAGAGUAGGUUUGGCUCAGGCAUUGGGCAUGUAUAGGAACCUGGUGGGGUCAGCCUGUGUUGGGGAGUUGCCCCCAACAUGGAUUGGGUGCCAUGACCCCACACAGGCCACCAUGGGGCAAAGUGUAUUGGCCCAUUGGGCCCCCUGUGGACUGCUGGCAGAGUCACCCCUCCUGGACCCCUCUAACGGGGUACUCCAGUGACUAAGGAUCCAGUCCAAUGCCUUAUCUGCCAAAGUUGUUACUGUUGCUAUGAGGUAGGCAAAAACCUGCAAGCCGGCCAAUUUGCUUGCCCAGGAGAAAAUUCCUUCCUGGCCCUGAAUAUGGAAAGUGAGUAAACCAUAGCAAGGUCCAUACACCACACGCCUGCUCCUCACUUGAUCAGGCCCUAACAGACAGGGUGGGUGGCUGGGGAAAUCCAGCCUGCCCCUUGCCACUCCUUUAAAUAGGCAAGGAGUGGGCUAAGUGCAGCCCCCAAGCCCCUGCCCCUGAUUGGCCUUUUGGGCAUUGCCUGCCCAUACCUGAUAGACUGUCGCAGCCAGAGGAGGGGUGGCACCAGGUGACCAACCCCUCCCCUUGUCCGCGGAAGAAGAUGGCAGCUUCUCUGGACCCACCACAGCCAUGCCAUGUGGCAGAUGUUGCCCACCCAGAGCCCCAGGUGAGCAGUUAUUCUUUGUUAACAUCGUUGCUAUCCCUUCAGUUUACGGAUAUGUUCUGCAGAUGUGUGAUAAAUGUAAAUGAAGACUUAAUAUUGAAUAUGCAAUUAAAAUGCAGCUACCUGAUGAAACACAAAUACCGCAAUCCGAUUAAUUAUGUAAAGCAAAUAAAACUGUAUGCUUCAAAUUGCAAAGGGAUGGAUGCAGACUAACCAGUUAGUUGAACACAGAUCCCACUGAAAUCAAUUGAAGAAGUUAGUUGUGUGACAUAUUUUAAGCCUCAUUUAUUUUCCUGGGGGAAAUGCAACUAUAGUCAUAACUCGAGUUGAAUGUGCUUCAGGUUGAGUGCUUUUGGGUUGCGUUCCCCGCAACCUGGAAGUAACGGAGCACGUUACUUCCGAGUUUCGCCGCUUGCGCAUGCGCAGACGCUCAAAAUGAUGUCACGCGCAUGCGUGGAAACAGCAAAAUGCGACCCGCGCAUGCGCAGACGUGCCGUCUUGUCUUACGUUCCAUUCAGGAUGCGAACGGGGCUCCAGAACAGAUCCAGUUCGCAUUCCAAGAUACCACUGUAAUUUACCUGCCUGGUUACCACCCAUAAUGUUUUAUAUUCCCAGCAGUCAAGCUUUGAAAGCGUUCAGAGUUUUCUGGCAAGGUAAAUCUUGACAUCCAAGAGGAGGAAGUGGUGGAGAAAGGCAUGAAAUUUGUGGUUGUGUUGUUGGCAGAAAAACUUAACAGGUUACAUCUUUUCCAACAAGAGACGAUGAAGGCAGAAUCAAUUCAAGCUCCUGCAGAAGAAGUCCUUCUCUGAAUUGCUGGCUUGGUCCUUUGUGCAUCAGUGAGGCUAAAGUGCUAUUAUAAAGUUGACCCACUGGGCCCAAGGGAGAGAGUCGGUUGAGGAUUCUUGUCAUAAAGUACCCUUCAUUUUGUGCCAUUCCCAGGGCAUAGCAGGCACUGAUGUGGCAAAGGAGGCCUCUGACAUCAUCUUGACUGACGACAACUUCUCCAGCAUCGUGAAGGCAGUGAUGUGGGGGCGCAACGUUUAUGACAGCAUAUCCAAAUUCCUGCAGUUCCAGCUCACAGUCAAUGUGGUGGCAGUCAUUGUGGCCUUCACUGGCGCCUGCAUCACACAGGUAGGCUUCAUUGCUGUGCAGUAGUGGCAAAGCCUAGAGGAGGCUGGCCCAUGAGGAGGAAGAGGACACUUGCCCCAUCGACCUCAGCCUGCCCUCAGCCAGCCCCGGGAGAGGAUUUCUGAGUGUGUUUGAUGCAAUGUGCUUAGAAACUUCCCCACAAGUAGGAGCCAGCCAUAUCAGGCUUCCUGAUUGUGGGGACCAUUUCUGAGGUGUGUAAACCCUCUUCACCAACCUGCAUAGAGAUCUGACAUGUGUGCCCUGGGACAUUGGGGGUGGGGUACUUGCAUGUCCCUUGUAUGUUUGUUCCCAUCCCUGUUCAACUGCACAUUUAAGCAAAUGCCUGCUGAACAUAGCUAAGGUUGCCCGAAAAUUAGGAAAUUACACAUUUGGGAGUUGUAGGUGUAUCUCAUAGCCUUGCUGGAAAAGAGUAGCCAUAUGGGGAGAAUCAUGGAAAGGUGCGUGGAAAAUGAAUGUUUGAGGAGCAGAGAGGUUAUGCUGACAUGAGAGAAAUGCUGAAUACAGCUGCUCUAUUAUAUAUGGCUCUUGGAGAAUAUCAAGUCAGGCUCUCCUAUAAGAACAUACUUGAGAACCACACAGGAAGCAGAUUUGAGGCCCAGCUCCAUGUUCUGAGCAGAAUGUUGAGAAAGUGGGGAGAAUUCUGGGGAUGAGUAAAUUGGUCCUUUAGGAGUAGUUGCUCACCAGGCUCCAAAGAUAAUCUGUGAGGUAAGGCCCAUUUGUCUUGAAGGAUAAAGGUAAAGAGAACCACUGCUUUGUGGUUUUGAAUCAGGAAUAUUUCAGAGACAUAAAAAACCCCAGCACCCUUAACAGGGGUGUUUUUAGCAGACAGGAAAAGCGUGAAGAAACACCUCCAAAUUUGAUCUGUAAAUUCUCUCUGGAUUGAACUAAUCCUGUGGAUGAUUUAAUACCGGUCCAGUUCAUUGCUUUCCAUGCCCUAACAAACCUUUGCAAAGUGGAUUGAACCAAAAUAAAUGCAAGCAUAUGAGGCUCCCUUAGAUCAUUGGCCCGUCUAGUCUAAGGACUUCCUGAGCCAAUGACUACUCUGACUUCCAACAGAUCUCCAAACCCUCAGGGCAGAACUACCUAUUUCAAGACAAUUAUUGAGUUCCCAUCCCAUUCAUCCUAUGGCACUGGAUACUUCCAGAUAGAGGAGCUUAUUUAUUGUGGAACUGAUGUAUGCAUGCUUUUUCACAGCAUCUGUACAAUGUCAUCGCCUUCAAAAUGGCCAUCCCUGCCCAUCAAAUACCUGACGUUCCAAUGCCGCAAUGCCCCUUCAUCUCCACUUCUCUUGCAGGACUCUCCACUCAAAGCAGUUCAGAUGCUGUGGGUCAACCUGAUUAUGGACACUUUUGCUUCCCUGGCUCUGGCCACCGAGCCCCCGACAGAGGCCCUGCUGCUGCGCAAGCCGUACGGACGGAACAAACCCCUCAUAUCCCGCACCAUGAUGAAGAAUAUUUUGGGCCAUGCUGUCUACCAGCUUGUUAUCAUCUUCACCCUCCUCUUUGUGGGUGGGUUCUUAGGCCACUGAGCUGGAGUUGGGAGGGGCAGGGGUGGGUCUGGGUCCAUGGUUCGGAGAGGGAGGAGGGAGAGGCUUGGUUUGCUGGGCGUGGUGUCUUCUCUGGGAUGCACUGCUUUACACACAACCCUUCCUCACCCGCAGGUGAGGUUUUCUUUGACAUUGACAGCGGCCGCAAUGCGCCCCUGCACUCCCCGCCCUCAGAACAUUACACCAUCAUCUUCAACACCUUUGUCAUGAUGCAACUCUUCAAUGAGAUCAACGCCCGCAAAAUUCACGGCGAGCGCAAUGUAUUUGAUGGCAUUUUUGGCAACCCCAUUUUCUGCAGUAUUGUGCUGGGAACCUUUGGCAUACAGGUACAGGCCUGGUCUAAAUGGAUGUGAAGAACCAAAUUGAGUUGGGGCGGGAGGGAUAGACAAGAUGGAUGGAUGAAUACAUGGAUGGAAAUGUGUAUUGGUGGCUGGCUGGCUAGUUUGUUUGUUUUUUAAAGAAACUGGGCUUUUCAUACACUCUUGCUUUAAUAAUAAAUUUUAUCAUACAGUGUUGCUUGUGCACAUCGUGUCUUAUGAGGUUUCAUAGGCCCCUGGCUCCAUAGGCUGUUGUUGCUAUCAUAUCAAUAUAUCAGGCAUCUUAACUGAGGUUGUGUACACACUAAACCUUUAAAGCAUAUCCGAAGCACAUUUCCACUUCAAAGAAUUCUGGACACUGUCAUUUGUUGAGGGUUGCUGGCAGUGCUAUUUUUCUAGAAAAAGAGGUGCCAGGACUCAAUGCCUCCCUUGUUCUCUUAGAAUGGCAAGGGCACCCACCUGAGAAGUGCCGGAACGGAGCUCUGGUGAGUUCCAGCUUGGGGGGGGGGGAGCCCUGGUUGCUGAACAUUGUAACUCCAUGCGGGGUAAAUGAGUGUCCAGAAUUCUUUGAGGGAAAGUAUGUGUUUUGAAUAUGCUUUAAAGGUGUGGUGUGUAUACACAGCCUCAAGUAACAAAAGGGGAAAUAGACAGGUCCCUGCCCCAAGGAGCUUACUGUAUAAAUGUUGAAAGUGAGGAAGAUGAGAGAGGAAGGGAAAGGGGGAGGCAACGUUAACAGAAGACAGGUGUGUGCAAUUGCAUAUAUAUGUAUUUAGGCUUCACUUUCUCUUGUGGGGUGAGGAAUGAGGCACAGCUGGAAUAAACAUCUGUUGCUCUAGCCCCAUAUCCCAGCAGCCCUUGAAAAAGUCAGGACAAGACUGUGGGCAUUCUGGUUAAGAACACGAGAAGAGAAAAUUCCAUAGCUCUGCCUCAGAGCUAUAUGGCUGCCUCAGAGAGAGCUCUGGCUCCUUGUAUCUUCAUGGUUGUCUUCUUCAGACCUCUGGUUCUCCUUGCCCUGCUGUUACAUUUGUGACUCUUUCCUUCAACUUGGGGUGCUUCCAGACAUGUUUUUGUUGUGGGAUUGGUUCUCAUGCAUGCAAGUUGCAGUGUCCACACAGUGUUAUUGUCAUCAGUAUUCCAGCCCAUAUUUUUUGUUAUUUAUUUAAUGUAUUUGUAUCCCACCUUUCUCUCAAGCUGGGAACCAAGGUGACUCUUAAUCCAGAUUAGCCCUUUAUGGGGAAGUCCAAUAUAAUAACAACAGCUUUGUUGCCAAUGACCCACUGACAGUAUUAAGCAGCCUUGCUUGUGUGCUCUCCGUUCCCAUUGUCAGUAUUGCCCACUCUGAUCUUCCUGGAUCCAGUCUUUUAUCUCCUCUUGUCUAUAUGCAGUCCUGCCUGGCCACCAGCUCCCAUGAGCCCAACCUUUCCCAACAGCAUGUAUAGAUACGGAGGGUGGGUGUGUAUAGCGUCUAUAGAUACGGACAGGAGUUUGUCUCACUCUGCCUCUCUUCCCCCCCCCCCCCCAGAUCGUCAUUGUGCAGUUUGGGGGGAAACCGUUCAGUUGUUCGCCGCUGAAUGCGCAGCAAUGGCUCUGGUGUCUCUUUGUGGGCUUUGGGGAGCUUGUCUGGGGACAGGUAAGAAAACCCUUCUUCUGACAUCUUCAUUUGUGCUCAUCAUUGGAUGGUUUUGGAGUGAAGGAUAGGAUAUUACUUAUUAUUUAUCCUUCCUCUUCCUCACUUGUGUGAGUUUAAUGUCUGGUUAGCAGAGUGCAACAUAAAAUGCAGAAACUUCUGGAACAAGGUUGCUUAACCUUGUUAAUAAUUAUCCAGGACGGAUAAUAUUUUAGCAGGCUGGGCCUUCCCCCUUUUCAUCCCUCUAAACAAAAGAAUCACACAGAAGCCGUGUCAGGAUAAAAAUAUUGUUUGCUUACAUAAAGUUUCAGACUUGGUUACAGCAGUGAAAACAAGACAGGCAGAAUAUAUUUCUAUGCUAUAAAAUGUAUGGUUGAGAUAAAAAAUGAAAUGUGCUCUCAGGAGAACACAGAAAAGCAUCCUUUCUCUUCGUUCCAUGGCAAAACGAGACUGAACUCUGAGGAGAGAGGAAGUGGUAAGGAUUCUUUUCCUUUGUUCCCACUGGGGCAAGCAGGAGAUGAGACCUCACAGAGUGUCCUCUCUGGGAAUUUACAGAGGAACUCCAUGUGUCUUUUAACCUUUAAUUAUCUAGCAAAAAUUGAAAUAUUAUUUUGUCUCAAGAUUAUUUCCCACACUCGUGUAGCAUUUAAACUUCCCAGCCGGGCUGGAACACUGCACUAUCCCAAACAAGUACAGAAAAACUGCUGGGUGCAUAGUGCAGAACUCAGCUUCCUAAGAAUCUUUGCCUUCAUUUUUUUAAAACAAAAAUCAAGUUCCUAGCCCUUGUGGCUGCAAAGAUGGCACUGAAAUGCACAGUAAAAUCUCAGAAGCCAUGAGUAUGGUUUCAGUGUCCUGAUUGUAUCCUGCCUCUUUCCUAUGACUUGGAGAAACAGAAUAUAUCUUGCGAACUCAGCACAAAUAUAUGAAAAUUUGCUUACUUUGCAUAAUGUACAUAUGUUACAGACUCUAGUUUUUCUAUGCACAGAAUUUUGGCUACCUUGGGCCUAUGGUGUUUUGCUGCCCUGGGCAAUGGAAGAUGCCAUUGCAUGCAUGUGCUGCCACCUGAGGCAGCCUGAGGAGUAAAAGGAGGCAGGCAGCUGGGCUUAUGCACUGCCUGAGGCAACUGCCUCAUGGGUUGGGUGGGCUGGCCCUGGCUUGGGAACAAAAUGCUGAUCUGGCUGACUAAUGUUUAGGAAGGACUGUGCACAGAGGCAGCAUAUGUAGGUACUUCUUUCUUGCUGUCCUGAGAAAUUGCAAGCCACUGAAUCCUGCCCACUGGCACAACAACCGUGUAGGAUUAGAAGAUCGAGCUUAUUAUACCUCCUCUUUUAUUGUGAGUUGUCAGAGUGCACCAUAUAGUCAGAUACUAAAGACAGGCAUGCCAUGUUCUCUUGAAACUGGGGAAGUACCAAUCAACACCCUUGUUUAGCUCUAGUAUGUCCAGUUAAUGAGCUGACUCAUUAACUGGACAUACUAGAGCUGUGGGGUGGUCACUUUUGGAGCUCUGGCAUAUGAUCCUCAGUGGGCUCCCCAGAAAGCAAUGGAGCCCUCAGGCCCUACCUACUGUCGGCAGUAGGUGGAGCAGAGUGGAGGGGCUUCUCACCUGACCCCUCUGGCAGGGGUCACUGAGAGAGGGCCAAGGCGCUGGGGAGUCUGUCUAGUGCUCCCACAGAUAUGUUUGCAGAAUGCUGGCCUUGCCCCUCGUAUCCUCUGGGUAAAUUGCAGCGACUCCAGUGCUGUGAGGUCAGGGUGAUCCACCACUGUCUGAAACCCAUGGCCUCACCUGAAGAGCUAGAAUCUUUUUGUAAAAUAAAUAAAAUAAUGCUGUGAAUCUUGGGAAUUGUAACCAAACAUUGCACACAAACGCAUGCAAUCAAGCAAAUUUAUACUUGUAAAAAAACCCUGGUUUUGCUGCUUCUGGAGGUGAUAGUGCUAGAGAGUUUGGGCAGAUUCUGGGGAUCUUGAUAGGGAUGAAAAUCACAUGGUAAAUGGUUGAGUGCUCCUUUUCUGCCCUGCUAAUACUUCUCUCCAAAUUCCCCACUCCUAAAGUGGCUUUUCAUUUAAUGUAAUUUAGUAAAUGGCAUUGAGAUCAAGUAGCAUGCAUUCGUAAGAAACACGUAAUUAGCCGAGCAGAUUCAGCUCUUGCCGUGGGUAGGCAAACUAAGGCCCGGGGACCGGAUCCGGCCCAAUCGCCUUCUCAAUCUGGCCCGUGGACGGUCCAGGAAUCAGCAUGUUUUUACAUGAGUAGAAUGUGUCCUUUUAUUUAAAAUGCAUCUCUGGGUUAUUUAUGGGGCAUAGGAAUAUUUCUUCAAAAUAUAGUCCGGCCCCCCACAUGGUCUGAGGGACAGUGGACUGGCCUCCUGCUGAAAAAGUUUGCUGACCCCUGGUUUAAGCUAUGCAGUCACAUAGGGGCUCCUAACCUACUGGUGCAACAGACAUCUGCUCCCUUCUGCAGGUCAUUGCCACCAUCCCCACCAGCCACCUGAAAUGCCUGAAGGAGGCAGGGCACGGCCCCGGGAAGGAUGAGAUCACUGAUGAGGAAAUGGCGGAGGACGAGGAGGAAAUUGACCAUGCUGAGCGGGAACUCCGUCGUGGCCAGAUCCUUUGGUUCCGUGGCCUCAACCGUAUCCAGACCCAGGUAUGAGAUAAUGGGGAGGCGCCUCCCGCCAGGGCUUCCCUCACCCUUGCCCAACCCUUCCUUUGCUUUAGCAGUUGACUUGACGAUAAACCUUUCAUCUGGUUAUCUCCUACCCCAUCCCAAGACACCUGAUGCUCAUGCCUCGGGGAGAGAGAGAGAGACCUCCAAUGCUGGUCUAAGCAUUUCAUUUCCCCGCUGCCUUGUUUCAGCAGAAAGAACUAAUGAAUGCAGUGCUUGGAUGCAUGAACAGAGGCAGCCUAUAG